CAGCUGCGCGCGCGCGCAUAGCGGCGCAGCCAGGUGAUGUCAUCACCGCGCGCCCUGCCGGCCUCCUCUCCUCAUACCCGUCGAAGCCGUGCGUUAGUGGGCGAGAGAGCGCCGGUGGCAGGAUGGGGCUGCCGGCUGUGGCUCCGGUGUUGAGGCGGAGGCUUCCCAGGUUAGACGAGGCCGGCGGCCCUGCGAGUGGGGCGAGGGCCGAGAGCGGCGUCGAGAAGCGCAGCCCCGCCUACCUUUCCUCAGAAGUAGCCUUGAACGCAGUGGGAGCUUACUCCCGAGUAGCGGGGCCUGCGCUGCGUAGCUUUCGCUGAACACUCUUAUUAUUACCGUCCUGGAUGAGGCCACUUCAACCAGGCCAUUGGAUUAUUAACAGUCCUGUUAAAUGUGUUUGAGAGAAGGGUGUGUGUGUGUGUGUAUUAUUUCUUUUGUUCUUAUACUUUGUUUUUACUACGCAUUUUUGUGGUUUUAUUCCAUGAACCGCCCUGAGAUCUUAGGAUGAAGGGAAGUAUACAGAUUGAAUAAAUAAUAAUAAUAAUAAUAUAAAAGGUAAAGGACCCCUGGACGGUUAAGUCCAGUCCAAGGCGACUACGGGGUUGCGGCUCUCAUCUCGCUUUCAGGCCGAGGGAGCCGGCGUUUGUCCACAGACAGCUUUCCAGAUCAUGUGGCCAGCAUGACUAAACCGCCUCUGGCGCAACAGAACACUGUGACGGAAACCAGAGCGCACGGAAACACCGUUUACCUUCCCGCUGCAGCAGUACCUAUUUAUCUACUUGUACUGGUGUGCUUUCGAACUGCUAGGUUGGCAGGAGGUGGGACAGAGCAACAGGAGCUCACUCCAUUGUGUGGAUUCGAACUGCCAACCUUCUGAUCGGCAAGCCCAAGAGGUUCAGUGGGUUUACAAUUGCCCUUUCAGCCGUAAGGAGUGCCUCCCAUAAGUGCCUCUGACCAUGACUGCCCCAGAGGGAAAUGGACAGUGUUAAGAGCAGGAACUGUUUUCUAGGUCAUGAAAGAGAAGAAGGAAACUUAUGGAAGAUGGGAACAGGUGCUUUGGGCUGCCGAGAUUCAGGAACAAAAUCUCUUUAAAUGAAGGCAGCUCUUUGUGGUUCAUGCCCUUUGUUUUUCGACAGGUGUGUGUGUGUGGCGACAGGUACUUGCUCUCCCUGCAGGUUCCAGCAAGCGUCCCAUUGCUGCAUGUUAAGGUCAUAUUAAGGUGAUCCAAGGUGAAGGGCGAUGUCAACUCAGCUCAUUGGCUGAAUUUAAAGUUGGGGCUUUAAAGAGGGACCAAGUAGUUAAAUGAUCCCUAUGAGAAGAAAAAAGUUUGGAGUGUAAGAAGGCUUAUCCUGCUAUGUGGAAUGCUUCCUUCUUGGCUGAAAAUCAUUUCAAAUUUAAUUUUUGGACAUGUUUGUGUUUAUGUUAAGGUGUACCAAAAGCACAACAUAGGAAAGGUAAUGUAGGGAAGAUGUAUAUUUUUUUCCAGAAAGCUGGUCCAUCUGUCCUAAAGUUUGCACAUGAAUGAUGCUUAUUCGUUUGUUCAUUCAGUAUACCACCCUUCAUCUAAAAAUCACAGGGCAGUUCUCAACAUCAAAAUACAACAUACAUAAUAAAACAAAAACAAACCAAUAGCCCCUCUCCCACGAACACAUUUUAAAAGCCAUAUAAGGUUAAUCAGCCAACACCUGGUUGAAGAGAAAAGCUUCUGUCUGGCACUUAGAACACAAUAUAAAAUGGAUGUGGGGGGGGGGAACCCAUGUUAAUAAAUAUGGAGUACUCCCCGCACAAGCCCACAAUUCUCAGACUUCCCUGGGUCGAUUCAUAAACUACUCUAGAAAGUUUUCCCCCCUGCUGUUUCUGCUUUAAAUGUAUAGUGUAGGUGUGGCUGACAAAAGCAUGUGCUUGAUUUGCUUGACAUUUUUACAUAGGCUGUGGCAGAAGAUAUGGCUGAACUUGGUUUUCUUGUUUCAGAUUGAAGCCAUUCAACAGGUUACAGGUCAUUGUAGAACAUUUGGUAAGUGUGGAGGUCUCCUUCAGGUUGGGGAGGCUAAAGUGAGUUUGGUAAUGUUCAGUAUGUAAACUGUUUUCAGCAAGCCCAUGGAGGCUUUUGAAUUGUGCUCCUCCAACAACCUCUCCAGAAGACAAAAACACAAGUUUCAAAGGCAAUUUAUGAUACAACAAGCCCACAACUUAUGUUCCGGGGAUCUCACCUAAAGCCAAAGUUGCAUUGGGUGUAAUGGCUGGUGGGAUUGCCAAAGUCUUUUCCUGAACGCCCACCAACUUUUUAAUUUUUAAAAAAUUAUUUUGCCAAGCGCAUAAAGCUGAAUGCACACAAGUCAAAUGUGCAUAAGUUGUGGGCUUCCUGUAUACUGUUCACGUGGGGGAAAGGCAGGAGACAAGCACUUGUGGGCAUGCAUAAGCUCAUACAUGACCCUAAAGUAGUUAGAUAGGAACAUAGGGAGCUGCCUUAUACCAAGCCAAACUAUUGGUCCACCAAGCUCCGCAUUAUCUGGCAGUAGCUCUCUGGGGUUUCAGACAGGGGGUCUAUCCCAGCUAGUGGUGCCCGCGAUUGAACCUUGGACCUUCUGCAUGAAAACUAGACGCUUUUGGAUUCCAGCUCCCAUCAGUUCCAGCCAGAAUGGCCAUAUAGAAUGGGAGUAGUAGUAACAUCUGGAGAGCCAGUUUUCCCUCCCCUGCUCUAAAUAAUUUGCAUGCUGGAACCAACUUGCAAAUUAGCAGCUUGGAUCUACACACAGGAACACCACCCCCAAGUCAGAAAUAAAAUCGUUGUAACAAAAGAAAAAAAAAACCCGCUAUGUAAAAAUCACAUUGAUUGUUUUUUGCUCUCUGGUGCCAUCUGGUGUUGCGUGUUUAUAAUACAUUCACAAUGUUGUUUUUUGACGAAUGUGGCUGAGUCCCUUGAUUUUUUUAUUUAUUUAUUGUUCUUCUUUCAAAUAUGCAGAGCAUGUCCAAGACGGCAGCUUCUUCCUCUGAGGUUCUCUUGGAAAAAAAGGGGUGUGCUGGUGUUAUAACCAUGAACAGACCCAAGGCUCUGAAUGCAUUAAAUAUAUCCAUGAUUCGACAGAUGUAUCCACAACUGAAGGUUGGUGCUUUUCUUUUAAAUCAGUGCUGUGGGCACAGUGUGUGGAUUGACAGAGGAGGCCAUUCAAGGGCAGCACUUCGAGCAGCGGCUAUAGCCCAUCACAUUUUUUCUACACUUCAGCAGCUGAAUGUGUGAACUGCCUCUGUUGAAAACCAUUGGGUUUGAGGUGGUGCGAAAGUUCUGUAUGCAACAUAUGAUCUAUGACGGCUCAUUCACUAACAAAAGCCAUGUCUUGACCUCGCAUUCAUUCAGUGAUGAGCAUGCAUGUGCAAACCAAGCCAAGGGCUCUGGAUGAACCAGCAAUCAGAUUAAUUUUAUGGCCAUCCUUCUGAUUUAAUUGGGGGUGUACUGGAGAGUGGGGAAGGACCUGAAAAUGAGAACAGCGGAAAUGCUGUUACCGGUAGUGGAUUUUAUCUAUGCUCACUGAAUAAGUAACAGGCAGUACUGAGAUACACGCACCAUGUUCAUCUUCACCAUAUUUACAGAAUUAUACUGGUGGUCUUAGUGGCAGCAACCAUACCCUGUGGUGUCCCACAGCCAAACAGAAAUCCCUAUUUGAAUGGCAGAGUACAGUGGUGCCCCGCAAGACGAAUGCCUCGCAAGACGAAAAACUCGCUAGACGAAAGGUUUCACGUUUUUUGAGUCGUUCCGCAAGACAAAUUUCCCUAUGGGCUUGCUUCGCAAGAUGAAACUUCUUGCGAGUUUGUUUCCUUUUUCUUAAAGCCACUAAGCUGUUAAUAGCCGCUAAGCCGCUAAUAGCCGUGCUUCGCAAGACGAAAAAACCGCAAGACGAAGAGACUCGCGGAACGGAUUAGUUUCGUCUUGCGAGGCACCACUGUAGUAGGAAGGGGAGGGGGAAGCCUGGAAGCAGGGCCAAGAAAGGCAGUAUUGAAAGCAAGUGAAUAUUGCUUCAAGGGAGGGAGAAGAAUGAAUGUAACUGCUUCCUCUGGAAAAAGGAAAUGUCUCAAGGGGGAUUCCUGUGCAAGGUGGGAAGUGGUGGGAAUGGAUAUUUCCCCUUGUCAUCUGCAGAGUCAACAUUAUAGGAAAGGGCUCAGGCUGGCUGGGGGUUUGCUUGGCUUUGCAGCUUUUCUUAAGUUAGGGAGGGGAGAAGGGCAAGGGGAGGUGAGAUGUGGCUUCCCUGGACUUCCUCUGGAGGAAGGGCAGGCUAUAAAUCAAGUAAACAAAUUUCACUGGGAUCCUAAGAAGCCAGGGCCUUUUAUCGCUCUCCUGGACUUCUGUUCUAUUGCCUGGUUCAGCCAUGGCUCAGUAGGGGGAAGUGCAGUGCAUGUUGAUUCAAGGUUUCGACAGGUUGCUGAGAUUCAUCCCGAAGGUGUGGCAUUGCUGCCGUCUGUAUCGAAAGGACGAAGAGGCAAAGCAUAUGCUAGAGAGUUUUGGGGUUCUCCCCACACCCCUUUUAGUGCUGACACUGCUCUGAACAAGGGAAUGGGUCAAAGGUGGUUGUUCUGUGUUCAAGAAGAGAGAGGUGGUAUGGAGUCUCAUAGAGCAUGUGGCUUUGGCCCAAGGAAAUUAGGGUGAAACUAUAUGAUGCCUUGUGUUUCCCCCAAAAAUAUGUAUUUCUACCAUACAGAUAUAACGAGAGUGGAAGCAGCUUCCAGUGUAGAAGCAGCCAAUGAGACAGAAAUGCUGAACUGUUCCCUGCUGUUUUUCCUUAGCCUGGUUUAUUUCUGUUAUCAGAGCCCACAUUCAACAUGUUUUAUCUUUUGUAGAAAUGGGAGAAGGACCCUGACACCUUUUUAAUAAUAAUAAAGGGAGCUGGAGACAAAGCUUUCUGUGCAGGAGGCGAUAUCAAAGGUAAGGUUUUGAGUAUUCAAAAAGUUGAGAGUUCAGAAGUUUCAGUUGUCAUUUAGUACUUAAACUUUCAAAAGCUUUUUGAUGAUGUCCCUCAGCAAAGACAGCUGGGUAAGCUUAGCUGUCACGAGAUAAGGGGAAGGUUCUGUUAUGAACCAGGAACUGGUUCAGAAAUGGGAAGAAGAGAAUAGGAAUAAAUGGAUUGUCCUCCCAUUGGAGGGAUGGAGUCUUCCGAGGAUCAGUGCUGGACCUGUGCUUUUUAACAGGUUCCUAACUUAUCCAGAUUUGGGAUGAGCAUUAAGUUAGGCAAGUUUGCUGCUGAUACCAAAAUGUUCAAGGUGCUUAAAAUAAAUUGGGAGAAGCUCCAAAAGGAUCUUUCUAAACUAGGUUAAUGGGCAGUAAAAUGCAUUUAAUUGUCAGCAAGUGUAAAGUAAGGCACAUUGUGGCAAUGAAUUCUAAUUUCACGUAUAUGCUUUCGGAGUCUGAACUGGCAGUGACUGACCAGGAACAACUGGUCUUGUAGUUGAUAGGUCAGUGAAGUUGUCUCAGUUAACAGCGACUGGGAAAAGAUGAAUUCCAUAUUGGCGAUCAUUAGAAAAGGUACUGAAAAUGAAACUGCCCAUAUAGUAAUGCUGUUAUACAGACUUGUGGGGCGACUGCACUUGGAAUACUCUGUACAGUUCUGGUUGCCUUGCCUCAAAAGGGAUAUUGUAGCAGUGGCGUAGCGUGGGGGGUGCAGGGGGGGCCGGCCGCACCGGGCGCAACAUCGGGGGGGGGGGCGCUCACAGCUCUCUGCCCCUACCUGGCUCACUCACUCUCUCUCACUGCAGUGCUGGCUGUGCGAAUCCGAUCCGAGCCGCUGGGUCGCCGCCCACUGUGGAGGGGGUGGGUGCCAGGCGUGCGGUGCGGAGAGAGAGCGAGGGACUAUCUGGGGGAGGGACAGUGCAGCGGCCGCCCAGCGCAGCGCUGAGCGCGGGAGAGAGCGACACCAGACCAGCCCAGGCAGCAGCAAGAAGAAGCUGGCAGCGGCGGCAGGUUAGGGGUUAGGGGGCUCAAAUUACUUGCCUUGCCCCGGGUGCUGACAACCCACGCUACGCCGCUGUAUUGUAGCACUGGAAUAGUUUCAGGAAAGGGCAACCAAGGUGAUCAAGGGGUGGAGACUCCCUUGUAGGGAAAGGUUUUUUUGUAGGGAAAGGGCAUUUGUGGGUUUUUAGUUAACGAAAAGGAGAGCAGAGGGAGACAUGACAGAGGUGUAUAAGAUUAUCUGUGGCAUGGAGAAAGUGAACAGAGGGUUGUUUUUUUUUUUAUUCCCCUAUCCUAAUUCUAGAAUCUGGUGCCAUCCGAUGAAGCUGAAUGUUGGGAGAUUCAGGACAGACAAAAAGAAAGUGCUUCUUUAUAUCGCACCUAGUUAAAUUACAGAAUUUGGAUGUCCACCAACUUGGAUUGCAUAUAUUGUGAUCAUGAAAGUUUGCUGCAGUCACAUUUCUUGGUAUUCCAGACAGUUAAGUGUUAUGUAGCUAAAUUUGACACUUGUUUUGUUUGCUAGCUAUCGUUGAAGCAGGAAGAGCGGGAGAAGGGAUGCCACAAUAUUUCUUCAGAGAAGAGUAUGCCUUGAACAAUGCUAUCGGUGUGUAUACCAGUAAUUUAAAAGUACUUUAGUAAUUUUAAAGGAAGAGGUUAAUUUGAGUAGGCAUAGAAUCAUAGAGUUGGAAGGGAGCCUGAGGAUUCUCUUGUCCAACCCCCUGCCAUGCAGGAAUGAAUAUGCAGCUGCCCCAUAUGGAGAUCAAACCUGCAACCUUGGCAUCAUCAACACCACACACUAACCAACUGAGCUAGACGUAACCCUUCUUAAACCCCUUCCCUACCGCGCAUUUUCACACUAGUACCUAUGUGGUUGGUAACACGUCACCAUUCGUUUUAAAAAUUGUUCUAAGAAUAGUAUUGCCAGUUUCCACAGUUUACACCAAUUCUCUACAGUGUUUCUUUCAUACACUGGAAGGAACCUUUUUCAGUCUGAGGGCUGCAUUCCUUUAUUUACAACCUUCCAAGGGCCAUGUGCCAGGGGUAGGUGAGGCUAGAAGCAAAAGUAGGUGGAGCAACACACUUACAUUUUCCUCUUGUGCAGUAGGGUAGUUUCUGCACAUGCUCACACACUCCUCACUAGCCUUUAUCCUGAGAAACAAGAGGUGGUGUUGUUUGAGAACAAUAGCACUCUGGGAGUGAAGCACAGCGGGUGAGGGGGUGUGGCCUGGUGAGAGAUGCAAGAAGCCUGGGCUCUCCUUGGCCCUGAGCUUCCCCACACCUGAUUAUGCUGCUAUAUUCUGUGUAAUUCUUUGUAUAGGUAGACCUGCCUGGCGUCUAGUUUCAGAUACUCUUUGUGCCAGGCAAAUAACUUUUUAUUACCCAGGCUCAACACUAAGCUCUUCUUUAAUCAGUUGAUUCCCACCCCCACCCCACCCCCGCCACAUCGCAUCCCUGGUAUCGCUAGGUUUUUUGUGUGUUUUUUGCUUUGGUUUUACUGUUCAUUCCUUAUUUUAUCACUGUUGUGAGCUGCCCUGUGUGGAGUUUUUUUAACGGAAUGGUGGCAUAAGAACGUUUUAAAUAUCCAAAUUUUAUAUUCAGAAAAAGAGGAGGCACCACAGCACUUUAAAGCAUGGAUGGGGAAUCUCAGGCUAAAUGCGGCCCUCCACAUCUCUCUGUGUGGCCCUCUGAAGUCUCCCCAGGCCACCCCAUUCACUGGUCCUGCUUCUCACCCUAAAUGCCCGAGUGCAGUGUGUGUCCCAACUUUGAUAAUGCUUCUUGCUACUUGGAUGGAUGAUAGAGAGGGGCCUGUGUAGAAAUAAACAUAGUAUGCUAGGGUAAAAUUAGCAUUUGUUGCUCCAUUCACUUGCCUAGCCAUACCCACCAAUGACUUGUUGCACCUGGAAAGGGUGCUUUGAAGGGAAUGCAGUGCUCAGACUGAAAAAGGGUCCCUGUGCCUAUUUUAAAGGUUAACAGGUUUAUUACGGCAUAUGCUUUUGUCUGCUGAUGUUUAAGGUGCUCUUGGCUCUUUGCUGCAAUGGACUAACAUGGCUAAUCCCAGAAUUCAGAGUGGAAUAAUUAUAAUUUGGUCAACAAUUUGAAUAUUCAAGUUAUAUUAUCAGGCUUCACAAGGUCUUUCCUUGCAGAAGUAUUCUUUGUGCAGUUUUAAACACAUAUAUGUCUUUUCAUUUCACUUUUAAUUUGUAUACCACCUUCCUUUAUUACCAGCAUAGGUUUACAAGCUGAAGAAACAACAAAAUAGACAGCAAAGAUCACACACCUAAUAACAAUCUGAUCCAAUACCAAAAAAGCCAUAAUAAAAACAUAACUUUAAAAUAAACAACUUACAUCAAAUGAAGCAAUAUUCAAUAAUCCAUUAGAAUAUAAUGGUAAACAGUAAAAUUAAAUAUCAGAAAAUGGUAAUGAAACAGUUUAUACUUAACUGUUAUAAUAAAUAAUUACUAAACUAUAAUCAAUAAAAAUAACAGCAAGUCACAAUGCAUAAAAUACCACAAAACAUACAAAAACACAUGAAAAGAUCAAAUUGAGAACUAGGACACACAGCAUAAUUUUUUUAAAAAAUAAAUAAAUCCCUAGGCUCCUCUCUUCACAGCUGUUUCUGCUAUUCUUAAAGUCAUGGUCUGGGAAAGGCUCCUAGGAGGGUGGGCCAAGGCAGGUGGAAAGACUAUUGCCUGAUGGCCAACACAGAGUCUCUUCCCUCACAGUUCUUCACCUGGAAACAACUGUCUUAUGAAGACUCCACCUGGGGCAAGGCAGGUGGAAAAAGCCAUGGCCUGGUGGCCAGCACAAAGUCUCUCUCUCCUCACGAAAUGUGUUGUUUCUGUCCUGACAGGCACCUGCCAGAAGCCAUACGUGGCGCUUAUUGAUGGAAUUACAAUGGGAGGUGUAAGUAGAAAUAUUUUCUAAGGCAAUUGGCUUGGGUUGUGCUUUCAUUCUGUUUUAAAGUCGCCAGUGAAGUGACUACAAGGGGUUUCGAAGAGAGAUGUGUGAGAAUAACAUUGACCAGGGAUAGCUCAGUCUGUAGAGCACAAGACUUUUAAUCUUAGGGUUGUGGGUUUAAGCCCCACAUUGGGCAAAAGAUGCCUGCAUUGCAGGGAGUUGGACUGGAGACCCUUGGCAUCCCUUCCAACUCUACAAUUCUAUGAUUCUAUAUUUUUAGCAUUUGUGAAAUGUUCUUGAGCACCUUAUUUUCUGAGGGCAGUUUUCAGUCUUAGAACGUUUACAACAUCCCACUGCCUAUGAGCUGAAAGAAAAGCACUUUUUCGCUGAGAACAGUGGCAGCACCAGAAAAAGGGGGCACAGAAGGGGCAAAGUAUAAUUCUUAGUGGUUGAGUUGUGUCACACACAGUAAAAACUCAAAGCAAAAUAGCAGCAAAUGUUAAUGGCAGGAGUCCAGCAAUUGGGGGUGGGGAGCAAGUUCCUUGUUUUUUUUUGGGGGGGUGCUUGUUCACCCCCUUUGGCGCUGUGCAUGACUGAGAAGGCUCUCCAUGCAGACUUGGGGAUGGGUGUGUGGGCUUGAGGGUAAGGGAAGAUGAAGAUAUUUGGCUAAGUCUGAUGGGAGUUGGAGUUGGUUCACAUGUAGCUUCUAGCCAUCAAGUGUUAAGUAAUGUGUGAACUCACCCUUGGUUUCAAGGAUGUUUGUGUGCCCAAGAAAUAGUAAGUUUUGUAUACUGUUGAACAAUGCAGAAUAAUUCAGCACAUUUGUGGAAGUUAUGCUUUGUAUUUAUUUCAGAAUCCACCUCAUAGUUUGUGUGACAUUGAUGUUUUUCCUUCUGUGUUGGUGUUCCUUGACUCAUAAUUGGAUGGGACCUUGAAAUGUAGUUGUUGACAGUAACUGCUGAAUUAAAGCCAAAGCUGCUUAUCAAACACAGACAGAGUGUGUUUGUUUAUGCUUUAAAAAUAAUUCAGAAUAUUUAUGAUGUGAUUCUCAUUGUGAAGAUAUGUAUAGUUAGCGUAUCCAUUACAAAAUUCUGUACGUUAAAUAUUUUGGUUAUCUGCGAAUGCCAGACAACACCAAAAAGUUAUAAAGUACUCAUUGCAGAUGCACAAUCUACUGGGUUUGAUCCAAUUGUGAAUUUUUUUAAUCCAUUAUUGCUUUUGAUUCUGUGGAUAUUUCUGCUAUUGGAGGAAGUGGGGAUAUGGUUUUUGAUGAUUUGGUCUUUCUCCCUGUAGUUCCCAUCUGCCCUCCUUAUCUUCAGGGGGUUGUGGGGACAGAACAGUAGUGCAGACGGAAGGAUGGAAAUUGGCAAAAUGUCGUCCUCUCCCGUUCAGUUAGUGAAGAUGUCUGCCGGAUCAAAGACACUGUUAUGCAAAUAAAAGGAGUCCUUCCAUUUGCCAAAGUGCACCACUGAAUACAGCCCAGUAUAUCUGAAUUUAAAAACAAAUAUGUCACAUUUUUAACUGCUAAUGCUUAAGGGUCUCGCAUAUCUAAAGUGCAUCAUGGAAUAUUAGAUGAUUUAAUCGUCCUUUUCCUCAGUUAUUGAAUCAGUCCUGCAGAUGUUUCCUUGUUUAAACCAUCUGUCUUUGGAUGACAUAUGCCAGAAUGGAAGUGAGGCAGAAAAAGGCAAACAUCUGUCAAGAUAAAAUAUUGUGAGGUACGAAAGGAUGGAAAACAGACUGCUUCCACUUGUCAGGCAUCAGGGUGCUUUUAAGAACAUUGCAUUAGCUUAGAGGCCAUGGUUUCAUCAGAAUUCACGUACAUGAAAUUAAUGGCAGUUUGAAUAUCUGGUGGCCUAAUGUGGCCUAAUGUGACCUCCUGCAAAUAUUUAUGAAGUUGGUUUUUAGGGUGUUUUUUUAAAGCUGGUGUGCCAUAAAGUCAUUAGUGACUUGGUUUAUGCUACCAUUUUGUAAGCAAAGUCCAGGGUAGUGAGUGUAGCUUGGGUAUAUUUACCGUAUUUUUUGCACCAUAACACUCACUUUUUUCCUCCUAAAAAGUAAGGGGAAAUUUCUGUGCGUGUUAUGGAGGGAAUGCCUACGGGUGGCAUGCCUACGGAUUUUCCUCCUCUAAAAACUACGUGCGUGUUAUGGUCGAGUGCGUGUUAUAGAGCGAAAAAUACGGUAUCCUUUUGUAUAGUUUGUACAGUUUGGGGAUUUCUGAGAAUAUUUUUUCUUCUUCAAAUAUUCCAGUGUCUGCUUUUCAACAGUGAGAAUGUUCUGCUAUCACUGCUGAAUAUAAUAAGUAGUUAACUGCAUCCUUCUGAGAUCCAGAGCAAAUGUGCGAAGUGUUUGAUACUUUAAAAAUCCUUUAUAGAAGGUGUGUAUUCCUAAUUUUGCAGAGGGUUAUAUUAAAUGUUACUCUAUUAUCCCCCCCUUCUAAAUCGAUCUAAAAAGCAACACAAAUCUGUUAACAACAAGCUUAGUACUUUUCAUGCUAUGCAGUAAAAACUAUAUUAAAGAGGGUCAUUUAAGGAACAUUUCAGAGCAUUGAUUUUUGAGCAAAAGUAGAACAAGUUUGUGGUUUCUACAUGUGGUUUCUUCUAUUGGUGGAAAGAGUGGAUUGUCCUACGAACCAGUAAUUGGGCUUGGCUCUUCUUGAGAAUAAUAAAAGGAGCAUAUCAUUCAUUUGUAAAAAGUACGAAGUCGUUUCAGAGGCUGCUUGACAUUGUUGUAAAUAAAAAUAUGCCCUUUUCCCUUAUGGGGUAUCCAAGAGCCAAUAUAGAGUCCUUACAUAGGUUCCCUAUUGGUAGGAGAAAAUAAUGGAGGCCAACCAGAAAAUAUUGAGAAGCAAAGCAGCUAGUAAGCCUGAUCUUUAUUAAAGCUGUUGCAACAGGGUGCUCCCCUCACACGCAGGAAGGAGGAAGACCCAGAACAAAGGUGUGCCUGCCCUUAUAUAGACAUUUUAAAUUGCCCGCCCUGGAGUCCAAGACCACCCCCAGAAACAUCAUACAUACAUCACAGAAGGGGUGUAGCCCACCCCCCAUAUACAUCAUACCUACAUCAUAGAAAAGGCAGUCUACAAUAGAAAUCCGAGUGCAUUGUUCAUCUCCUGUCUGGCAGGUUACCUAUUAAUGGGAACUUGAUUGGAUUACCUGGGGAGCCUGGCCAGUCUUUUGUAAUGAUAAAUACUUAGUUCCUGAGCCAGGUCACAGGCUCACCUUUUUCAUACACAGACAUACCCUUAAGACAGGAUUCGUGAACGAAAAGACAAUAGGGAUGCUUUUCCAUUUUCCUUCGAAGAAAUAUUCGAGAAAUAUUUGAGGUCAAUUUGGGAGGGACAAAAUGGUUUCAGGACUUUUUCUGUGGGGUUUCAGACAUGUGGUUUAUAUAUACAGCUAUGAUCUUUAUUGAUCUGUUGCAACAGGGUGCUCCCCUCAAUCACUGGAAAGGAGGAGGACCCACAAAAAUGCUGCCUGGCAGGUUACUUGAUUGGAUUGCCUGAGGAGCCUGGCCAUUCUUUUGUAGUGAUAAAUAGUGAUAGAUACUUAGUUCCUGGGCCAUGUCACAGGCUCACACCCUAUUCAAACACAUCAACAUACCCUUAAGACAGGAUUUGUGAAGGAAACGACAAUGGGGAGGCUUUUCCACUUUGACCAUGCAGAGAAACAUUUGCUCAGUUUAGGAAUCAAAAAUGGCUUCAGGUCAGUCUUCCUGUGCUUGAUCUAUGCACGUGCAGUUAUGAACAUUACCAUAUAUCUAGACCUCAAAAUUCCUAUCACAUUAUGUGCACCCAUUUUGCUGCAUUUCAAAAGGCCUUCAUAAAAGAUGUUUCUGGAGUUUGUGGAAGAUACUUUUUUACAACCACAUCUAAAAAAUGGUUCAUCGGGGGGUGGCAUGGUGUGAAAGAGGGAUGACCAGUUAAGCCUGCUAACGUAGGUGGUAUUCAGCUAAACAGGUGCACUAGUGCAAGGAUGUUCUAUGCAUAGGGUUAGGGGAACCCCUGGACUAUAUUUAGGGUAACACAGUGAGAGGAGAGGCUCGGAAAGUUCCACUACACAGCUAAACAUCCUAGCAGUAGUGGAACUGUUUAACUAGAUACCAUCCUUUGGUCAUAUCUACACCAUAUAUUUGAAGCUCGUUACUUCCCCCAGAGAAUUCUGGGAAAGUAAGGGUGCUGGGAAGUCUAGCCCUGUAAGGCGUAAACUACAGUUCCCAGGAUUCUUGGGUUGGGGUUGGGGGGGUAAGGUCACAUGCUUUAAAUGCAUGAUAUGAAUGUGACCAUAGACCCAAAUUGCCCUUCUCCUGUAGGCCUCAUUACUUCUACCAUGUGAAUGCCUCUAUUUUUCCUGGCUCCACAAAAAUAGCAACCUCAACUUCUGAAUUAAAAUUGGAGGGUUUCUGGGAGGGAUCCACCUAAUGAAUCCCAACCUGUGCACAAAGGCUUCCACUUGUACAGCAGGGCUUUCUCCUUGCACCCCCAAAAUGGGUUUGGUUGGGGGGUGGGGAGAUGAGGUUGGAUCAUUCCAUCUGGCAUUUGGGAUGCUUGUGCUAGCCAAAAAUGCAACCCUCUAUUCUUACAGAAUUGUAGAGUUGGAAGGGAUCAUGAGGGUCAUCUAGUCCAACCCUCUAGGAAUCUUUUGCCCAACACGGGGCUCAAACUUGCGACCCUCACAUUCAGAGUCUCAUGCUCUACUGACUUAGCUAUGCCUUCAUCUGUGCACUGGUUUGCCUCCAGAGUCUUUACUCUAGCAUGUGAGUCAGAAUCACCCACUUUUGUGUGCUUCUGUGCAUGCCUCUGGCUGCAGAGAGGCCAAUAUCAGAACAAACUCAUUGGGAGAUGUAAUGUGAUUAUUCUGUCUGUUUCUGUUGGAUUUGAAUACUCCAGUUUAUCCCAGUGUGGAGACUCAGCUGAACUGCCUGUAUCUGAGGAGGCUGAUUGAAAAGAAUGAAGAUCAGAGAACCAUGUGAAGAUGCAGCAGAGAGCUGCCUCCAUGCGUGGGUUCUUUGAGUUCAUGGGAGCCUUUAAUUCAGGCAUAGGCAAGCUUGGCCCUCCAGAUGUUUUGGGACUACAACUCCCAUCAUCCCUGACCACUUGUCCUGUAAGCUAGGGAUGAUGGGAGUUGUAGUUCCAAAACAUCUGGAGGGCUGAGUUUGCCUAUGCCUGCUUUAAUUAUUGACACGUGAACAGUUCUCCCUUACCGCAAUUAGCAUACCCUGGUUUGCAGUUUGGGGGAGACAGCUUUACAGGUUAUGCAUCUAAAUCGGCUGGGGAACCUUUUGGGCUUUCACAUCUUCUUAGACUCCAACUCUCAUCAAUCCUAGUCAACAUGAUUAGUGUUCUGGGAUGAUGGUAGUUGUAAUCAGACAACAUCUGCAGGGCAAAAGGUUUCCCACCCCUAACCUAAGUAGGGGAGAGUGAGAGCAGCUGUGUACCAUUGAAUCAUAAGCAAAGUGAACCAAAAAGCUAGAUUUUGUAGGUUUAUUUUUGCAGCUUUGUAGGUCGUUGACGGCCAAUAUGAUUGAACUUGGAUUGGAUAUUGAUGUCCUGGCUUUAGCCAUGUAUCCCUUUAGCCAUGUAUCUCCGUCUCUGUCCAACAGUGGUCUUGGGCAGAAUGCUGUUCCCUCAGUCCUGUUUCCUCCACCUUCAAAUUGUGGUGGGGAAAGAAGGACGUUGAAAGUAGGAAUGAAAGGAUGUUUGUGAUUGUUCUGCAGAGAGGAUUUUGCACACUUAAAUGUUACAGUGAAUAUAGGUAUUAAUGCAUUCAGAGCUGAGUAAUGUACAAUUAGCAAAGUUCUCCUUUGUUGUGCUAAGUGAAUUCAUUUCACACUUUUCUAGUUCUAUGAAUGUAACUGUGCAGUUGUUGUGAUCAUGACAUACAGGUACCGGUAAAUGCAGUUUAGCAUCUUUUGAUGAGCACUUAGCUAAAUGUUCCUGCUGGUAUUAUCUGUCAGCAGGUAGGAGAUGCAGGGCUAAUGAUUCAGUUGUUGCUGCACAUUUCAGUAAACAGCUACUAACACAAAUUAUACCAUUUCAACUGGGUCUUUCUAGACUUGGUAAAACACUCAGCCUGUGUGCAGUUGAUCUUUUACUGAUGCAUUUGGCAAUGGUAAGAAAUUAAGGUCAGUAUGGAGCAGACAUUUUAACUUGUUGGAAUUUUCUGCAGAUCCUCAGUUAUAUGCACGUUGUGGAACUCGGGAUAUCCUUAGUAGCAUUUGACACUCUGGUUCCACAGCAUGAGCCAGAACCCAGUAUGCUACUAGGAAGAUGUGUAUAGGAGGACCUUGCUUAGUUUGCUUUUUACAGGGAGCUGACUUGAUCUGAUGCUCCCAAGAAUUUGUGCAGAACAGAACGCAACUCCUUGAUGGAUCACACAUUUCUCAGGAUUCUGCGACGUUGUUUUGAUGUGCAAAAAACAAAUACAAGAAAGUGCAUUGAAAAGCAUUGAGAAGUGCAUAUUUUAUGUAAAAAGUGCAAAUAAAAUAUGUACAGUUUAAGGGGGGGACUUUAUUAUGCUUAAAAAGAAAAAAGCACCAAACUGGCUGGAGCAGACAUACAGCUGAGGGCGAAUGAAGCCAAAACUGAAUUAGGCAGCUCAGUUUCAGCCCUACUCCAAAGUAAGAUCAUAGGAUCAUAGAAUUCUUCCUAUGCCAAGUCCAGUCAUGGGUCAGUACUGUCUGCUCAGCCUUCUCAACCUGAUGCCCUUCAGACAUUUAUGGGAGGAUAGCUCAGUUGGUUAAAGUGUGGUUCAGAUGACGCCAAGGUUGCAGGUGCAAUUCCUGUAUGGGACAGCUGCAUAUUCCUGCAUUGCAAGGGGGCGGACUAGAUGAUCCUCAGGGUUCCUUCCAACUCUAUGAUUUUGCACUAUAGCUGCCAUCAUUCCAUGCUGGCUAGGGAUGACGGGACUUGUAGUUCAAAACAGUUGGAGGGAGCCAGGUUGAAGAAGGCUUCCAUUGAAUGGCCGUGGGAACUGCAGUUCACUUUUGCACAUAAAGCUUGAAUAUUGUAGAGAGCUCAUACCAUCAUUGGUGGUACUUAAAAUGCGUAGAAAAGGGUGAAUGCAUAAUUCAUUGGUUUAUCAGUCCUCCAGCAGGUAUUAUGUAUGGUGCUGGUUUUCUCUUUAGUAAGUUCUAAACUAAGCAUCCAAUAGAUGGGGGUGUAGAGCGUCUCUUUUACGCCCUUCAAAAGCACAGUUCUUUCAGUAGCAUGCAGUUUCUCAUUUGAAUGCCAUUUUGCUUGUGUAAUGGCUUCAGAACAAGUUGUUCAGUUCAUAAGGAGAAGGGGGAAAUGAGUUCACACAAUACACUUGAACUUUAAAAGGACUGGCACAGAUUAUGGCGACCUGUCUUCAGUACCACUAGGCGUAAUGGUGUUUUGGCACUGCUAACAAGGCAAUUUGAGGGUUGAAAGUCCCUAAUGCAGACAUGUCUGGAGCACAAGUUCAUUUUCUACAGGCUGAACUGAUUUGUUUAAGCUUUUCUCUUUGGAAAACCAUUCUGUCUCUAAUCCAAUCCUGCAGUGGCUUGUUUAACAGAAAACAGGGGGGCAUUGCAGCCUGAGUCCCCCCCCCCCUGCUCCUUUUAGCCAUGAGAAAACUGUCUAGAACUCGGUACUGAAAAAAAGUGUCACAUAAUUCUAGAGCUGCAGACUUCGUUCUUGAUUUUGAUGGCUUGAAAGACAGACUCCAAAUUAAAGCUGUAUUUUAAAGCAGGUUUGGAGAAUGCUUCCUUUGGCAGGCUGUAGGGCAGGCUGCUGCAGCUUAAGUAACGAAGAUUAGUUUAUAAGAAUAUUUACAUUUGCAUUUCACUAGAAAAGUGGCACAGACCCUUUAAAAACACUGAACGUUUACCGAUUGCAGAGGUCCAGUUUUAUGCUGCUUUGAAGUCCUACAUUAAGUUCACGCAAGUUGCAAUUGCCCCAGUCGCUCAGAAGUUGGCAAGAAAGCAAAUUUGAAGCCGAGGUUGUCUACGCCCCUUUUGGAAGGGGAAAGCCUUUCACUGUUUAACAGAUCAAAGUUCUGUUUGUCAUCCCAGCUAGGUGUGAUGUAAAGUGGAAAAGUUUUGAAGCUGAACUGAAGGGAUCAGGAACUACUCUAUCUGUGGAACAAUGUGAGUUAUCUCCACAGGUUUAUGGCUUAGUAUAAACAUAGCAUACAUUCUAUCGUCAGGCCAACAGCGAGUGAGUCAAAAACAGAAAGACCUUUCCACAUGACUGUGCAAAGCACUCUAAUGUGGGAGUCAAUAGUUUUGCUAGGAAACAUGGAGGCAGUUCUUUGAAAUUAAAAGUAAGAAGUGAAACCAUCAAAGAAUGAUAGGCAAAAGGGUAGCCUUUCUACUGUGCCAUUUAUUUUUCUUAAUCGGAGGUGUGUUCCAGUGCUGGAGACAUAAAAUUUGCAUGAAACAGUUGAAAGAUGGUUGGGAUGAGUGUUUGUGUGUGUUUUCUGCUACUUCUCAUUUUUCUUGCCAUGUGUCAAAUCCAUUCCGUGCCUGUAAUACUUAGUGCAGCUACAAUCUGCACAGCAGCUGUAGUAGAAACAAGUUUCAUUGCCUGCAGGGGAAAUGGAAGUUUCCCCAGUAUAGAAUGUUCCUGGGAAAAUGUGACAUCCCUCACUCAGAAGGGCAGACAGCUGCAUUUUGUCCAACCGAUGGGUAGCAUCAUGUGUCCUUAGGAGAAGGUGGAGCCAGAGGGCUUUGCAGAUAUUGGAGGUGGGUUGCUCCUCUGGAGUUGGAGAUACAAAGUCUAGGUGUCUCUUCCCAAUCCAGGAAGAGUUGAAAACUCAGCCUCUAAAACCUGGGAGCUUUAUGACAGCAUGUUACUGUUUGCUGGGAGGAGGGAGUAUCUCUGCUAGUCUCUGUCCCAUUGAUAAUGUCAUAGUUAAUGCUGUAGCGAAAUCUAAGUUACGUCUACUUUUGCUUCGAAUGUGUAAUGUUGCCCCAAAAUGAAUAGAUUACAGCCAGUGCUGGGUGUUUCCUUGGAAACUCAAUGUAAUUUGUGCAUCUAAAUCAUAGGGAAAGACAAAAAUGCAUUUUUGUCUUACAGGAAGCACCUUACUGCUCUCUGACUGCAGAAGGCAAAUCUGUUGGCCUACAAAGCUUGGUGUAAAACCUGCUGUGUAUUAUUAGUUGUAGAUAAUAGAACACGGGAAGAUUUCAGAGGAGCAAACAACAAAACCAAACCCCGACUGUGGUUCUUUGACUUCUGGCAAAUGUACUGCUGGGAGACCUUGGAUGUUGCAAAAUCUUUUUAAAAAAUAUUUCAACGUCUUUGUCAAGUAUAUAAUGAAACAUCACUCCUAAAAGAUUUAUUUCUGGAAAGUAUUUAGUUACCAAAUGGUGGAGUAUUUUUAAAGGGGGGGGGAAUUAUUGGGAAAAUGCAGUUAUAGGGACUGUCUGAAUGUGUUAUACAUGUAAGAUGCACCAGUUUGAUGCCCAGCAUCAUCUGCCAGUAAGGGAACAUGGAUGACUUACGAUGAGAUAGAAUGGUUGGCAUUUCUCCCCCUGCUCCAAUAAGAAAGGCACAAUUACGUAAAUGGCCAAUGUAUUUACGGUAAAGGGACCCCUGAUCAUUAGGUCCUGUCGUGACCGACUCUGGGGUUGCGGCGCUCAUCUCGCUUUAUUGGCCGAGGGAGCCGGCGUACAGCUUCCGGGUCAAAUGGCCAGCAUGACUAAGUCGCUUCUGGCGAACCAGAGCAGCGCAUGGAAACGCCGUUUACCUUCCCACCGGAGUGGUACCUAUUUAUCUACUUGCACUUUGACGUGCUUUCGAACUGCUAGGUUGGCAGGAGCAGGGACCGAGCAACGGGAGCUCACCCCGUCACGGGGAUUCGAACUGCCUGCAUUAAAAAACAUGCUGCCUCAGACUGUUGAUGUGUCUUGGAGGAUUUUACUAUUUACUUCAAGACUCCAGUACUGAUGUUUAGGAUUUAUUUGAUGAACUGUUCCUUUCUGGUAUACUCUCCCCUUGCAUAUUGCUCUAUAGAUGACUUCCUACUUGGAAAAAUGCUACUGAGCUGCUGCUGGGUUUCUACAAUAUCUGUUCUUGAGUUUCUGGUAUUGAUUGUGGUUUCUUACUUCACAGAGGCAACGAGCAGAAUUUUAAUCACCUGCAGUUUUGUUUUGUUUUUUGGCAGGGGUAUUUUCAUUCGCUUACUAGAAUUUCUGUAGUUUGCUUAGGUUCAGUGAGACUUCCUCAGCAAAGCUGAAGGUACGAGGAGGCCCAUGUAGGAGUACUUUAAGGGGUGUGGGUUAUAGGUAUAAGAAGUAAUCUUUCAUCACCCCCUUUGUCUAGAUCCUUCCUGUUGCUAUUUUCCAAUAUUGAGCUUUGCCAUGCAUUUCAGAACAAAUUCUCUGCGCCUGAUUUAGGGCAGUGGCAAAUGAUUUUUUUCCACCUUCUGUUCCAAAUAAGAUGAUGUAUGAAUGCCCAGUUUAUCAAGACAGAUACUAGCCAGGAUGCCAGUUCUCAAGUCUCGUUUUGUGUAGGAAUAACCUCAUUCUGGGAUCAUAUGAAGUCCUUUAUGAAUGAUAAAAUAUUUAGCAUGGGUUGGCGAAGUUUGCAGAGUAAUAACCUGUCAUUCUGCUGAUUUCUGCUGCUGUAAACAAUAACUGUUUCACAAGUUAUUGAUAAUAUAUUGCUAGGAAAACACAUUCCUGGACACUGAGGUCUCAUUUGCUCCCAUUCUAUCAUUUCUAAGGGUUUAUAAUGUGAUUUUGAAACAAUUCUGAAUAAAACAGUGUUCAGAUGUAUGGUCCAUAAAUUUCUGUUUCUGAGAAACGGUUGGCAGACAGGUUAUCAAAAUGUGAAACUUACUGAACCUUUAUGUUUACCAAUAAUUCUUAAGCUUUUGGGAGGCUUCAGAAAAAUGUCAGAAUUUCUUGGUAAGUCUAGUCAUGUACCUUGAAUAAAGAAGCACAUUCCUCCAUAAUUUCCCUCAUUUACUGGUCAUCAGCGCUCAGUCUCUUGCUAGCUCAGUUUUUCCUUUGCUUGGUGUUUUUUAAAUUGGUGAAUGUCAAAAAUGAAGCUUGUUUUUGACAUUUACCCACCAAGUCAUUAUAAAUGACGGAAUUAAGGGUAAGCUUUGAGGUUUUAUAAAAAAGUGUCGGGAUUUCCUGCUGGUCUCAAAAUCUUAAUUAUAUGUCAACAUUUAUUAUUCAUUGACACUGACAUGAUACACGCAUACUAAAAAUCAAUAAUUGCAUGGCUUUAGGGGUGGGUACUGGUUGGAAAUGUAAAUCGUAUGGAUUUGAUCUAGAAUUAUUCAUGCUGAAAGUGGACUCACUACAAUCAGUGGGACUUGUUCCAUUGAUUUCAGUGGAUCUACUCUCAGCAUGAUUCAGUCUGGAUCUAACUGUAUGUAAACAGCUUUUAAGAUGCUUCCCCUGAGCUACUGCUGUUUACUUUGUCAUCUUUAAAGAUGGAGAAGAUCUACAAUGCAGUAGGUAGCUUUCUGUUCAUGCACAGGGACUUUACAUUGCCUUGCUUCCAGUGGCAUCUCCUCCCUUUCAAGUUUGGAUAAGUAGCACCCUGGGGCGGUUUCUGGAAGAAAUAUUGGUCCUCUACCCAUGUAUUAUUGUAGCACAGAAGCACUUCCUUGAUGAGGAUACCAACCAGAGAGGUGGGGGUGGGGGGUUGAUUCAUUGAUGAAAUGAGAGACCUCGAAGUCUUCAACAGUAGUUUUGCCAGGCUUUUGUCUUUUCCAGUACAAAAGAGGAACAAAAGAUUGCAGUCAUGAGAUUUUACAUAACACUUUAAAUGGAGGUAUAAUUUAACAAUUUGUAUUCAUAAUCCCAAAUAAUUUUGCUUACAGAAUAGAGGUGAGAGAGCGUUGACUUAUCAAAUUAGUUCAGAAACAAAGUGCUAAUCUUGACGGUCUUAUUAACUUGCUAUUUUUUUAAUGUGCUUGCCCAGAUAUCCAAAUAAAUCACUGGAAUAAUUUCCUCCAUAGCCAUUAAAAAAUAUUGUGCCGCUGAGUGAUGUCUGAGAUCUAAAGUGUUGUAUGCCCAAGGCGGAGGGACUAUGUACCUUUGGUACUUAAGCAGUACAGUGGUACCUCGGGUUAAGCACUUAAUUCGUUCCAGAGGUCUGUACUUAACCAGAAACUGUUCUUAACCUGAAGCACCACUUUAGCUAAUGGGGCCUCCUGCUGCCGCCGCACCACUGGAGCCUGAUUUCUGUUCUCAUCCUGAAGCAAAGUUCUUAACCUGAAGCACUAUUUCUGGGUUAGCAGAGUCUGUAACCUGAAGCGUAUGUAACCCAAGGUACCACUGUAUUCCCUCUGAAUGCCAGAAGCCAAGUUGCUUCUGAAAUUGAACAGAUGCUUGCAAACAGUUUAUGAUACAGUGUGUGUCUCAAAUAGUACUGAGAAAUUAUUGAAUAGCUAGGGUGUGUGUGGGUCCAGUUCAAAGAACAAAAAAGUUUUAAGGAACCACUGAUCUUGCCCAAACUCCUAGGUGCUCCUACAGUAGCUCUGUGCAUCCCAGCUAGUGUUGCUUCUCAGGAAACUUUUAAAUAUACAAGCGCCCCAGACUUAGUUGAUCAGAAGUUGGAUCCCAACAACCGUGUUUACCAAAAUACAUGUUUGUAAAUCACGUCCAGUUUUCUUACCAGUCUUUUUUUGCAGUGAAAAGGUUCAUAAAGAGCAUCUACGGUAUGUUUGGGAUACACUUCAGGAAAUGUGUGCUGCACGAUUUCAUUAAUUACCUAGAGUUUUUUUGUUUUUUUUGGAGGGGGGUGUCAAACGUAGAAUCGGCCAUUGAAGCCUACUUCAACUAAGUAUUAUUUCUGCUUUUUAUUAUGCAAGCAAAGGUGUGUCUAUAACUCUCAGUGUCCUCUCCAAAUUAUACAGAUUGCACAUAUUCAGUCAACCCAUGUAUAAAAUGUUGACAUUCCCCACCCCCCAAUGUAGUGUUCUUAUUUCAUAGAAUUGUAGAGCUGGAAGGGACCACGAGGGUCAUCAUCCUGUGUGCAGGGAUCUUUUGCCCAAAAUGGGACUUGAGCCCAUGUUAUAAGAAUUUUAAGGUCACACACACACACACACACACACACACACACACACACAAUGUUCAUAACUGUAUAUAUAAACCACAUGUCUGAAACCCCACAGAAAAAGUCCUGAAACCAUUUUGUCCCUCCCAAAUUGACCUCAAAUAUUUCUCUGCAAGGUCGAAGGAAAAUGUCUUUUCGUUCACGAAUCCUGUCUUAAGGGUAUGUCUGUGUAUGAAUAAGGUGAGCCUGUGACCUGGCUCAGGAACUAAGUAUUUAUCAUUACAAAAGACUGGCCAGGCUCCCCAGGUAAUCCAAUCAAGUGCCCAUUAAUAGGUAACCUGCCAGACAGGAGAUGAACAAUGCACUCGGAUUUCUGUUGUAGACUGCCUUUUCUAUGAUGUAGGUAUGAUGUAUAUGGGGGGUGGGCUACACCCCUUCUGUGAUGUAUGUAUGAUGUUUCUGGGGGUGGUCUUGGACUCCAGGGCGGGCAAUUUAAAAUGUCUACAUAAGGGCAGGCACACCUUUGUUCUGGGUCUUCCUCCUUCCUGCGUGUGAGGGAAGCACCCUGUUGCAACAGCUUUAAUAAAGAUCAGGCUUACUAGCUGCUUUGCUUCUCAAUAUUCUCUGGUUGGCCUCCGUUAUUUUCUCCUACCAAUAGGGAACCCACGUAAAGACUCUAUACUGGCUCUUGGAUACCCCAUAAGGGGAAAAGGGCAGAUUUUGUUUACAUCACCCAUAACACUGAGAUUAAGAGUCUCGUGCUUUACCUACUGGCCUAUUGAGGCAUUCUUGCUGCAGUGCAGUUAAUUUAUCCAUAAGAAUUGGGGGCCAUGCCUGGGAGAAUUGCAUAUUCUUACGGAGCUUUUGCUAAUUACUGGUGUAUCAUUUUGAACACCUAGUUCCAUGCUAAAUAUAACCUUUAACUGCAUCAGACUGUUUAGUGCCAGAAUAAUGGAAUGUGACUGUGUAAUUUUAGAAGCACAUAGUGUGUGGGAGCUAUCAUCAGUUAAUGGAAUAAGAAUGCAGGUUUAAAAGAUAAGUAGGCUGACAUGUAGGUGCUUGAAUACUGAAUUGCUUUGGACAAAUGGAUGAUGGCACAGGCUAACAAGAGGGGCAAGUUUUAUCUAACGGAAAUAACAAAUUUAAUUAUUAGCAGAAUCGCAUCCUGCAUUUCGUAAAAUCCUUGUGGGCAAAUGUCACACUGUGCUGAUUUUAAGCCGUUUUCCAUUUAUCGCAUAGGUUGCUAAAGCAGACUUUAUCAAAAAGGAGCUGAAUGACUUGUCACGAGGGCAAUAUUUAGAGCAGCUCAAACUCACAGAUGCGACAGGCGCUCAGUUCUUCCUACACCUGCCUAGAAGUUGCUGCCAUCCAAAAACUAGAUUCAAGUAGCUGCUUGUUGAUCUCUCUUCUUCCUUCCCUGUUCUGACAGAUGUUCUGUGCAUACAGAUAUAUAAACUUCCAGCUCUGUGUUCCUGAGUCUUUGUUUAGAGAACCCUAAAAUACCCCGGAUGUGCUGGAGAUUCUAAUCUCCAUGAUAGAAUUUGUACAGGAUUGACCUGCAUACGAUUUUGCGCUCACGACUGAAAAUGUUGAAAACAGCCUUGAAUCAAGACUGAAAAGGAUUGUAUCUUUGCUGAUGCUGCAGUAUAUUUCCCAUCUGGCAUAUUGGCUCGACCGUUAAGUCCCUGAAUAUUAUCCUGCAGACAAAUGGUGCAGUUAGUUUCCUAGCUAAUCUCUGGCUAUUCGUAGUAAUUCCUGGUAAUGGAUAAAAAUGGUGUUAGCCCGUUGAUUCACGGAAUGCUUGUAUUUGUGUAGUCAAUCAAACGUACAUUGUUCCUCAAGCGAAGAAUUCUGUAGAUGUGGAAGUAGACUUCUGUGGAAGGUUUAAGGCACUGCCAAAAAUUGGAAUCGCUUGAACAGGGUUUUAUAUUACUGUAAUGUGUCGAAUACUUUAAUUCUGUUCUUCUUGGGAGUUGGAAUAGUUUUUUUAAAAAUGAUAUGGAGUGAAAUAAAAUACAUAUUGAAAACAAAGUUUUAUAAGGUAAAUUGCCACUCAUAAUUUGAUAGAACCCACUCAUAAUUCAACAGAAGAUGCCUACUUUAAUCUUAUAUGUAGGCAACGUCAGAUCAACGUAAGAACUUUAGAGCAUAAAGUAGGCCUGGUAUUCUUUGAGAUCCUAAGCAUGCAAAUUUUUGUGCACUUGUGUUUCGGCAAGGUACUGUGGAGACGUGUGUGCAUCUCUUGUUCUUGAAUAAUUUUGAGAGCUCACCUGCUGCAGCACUUAGACCAUGAGUAGACAAACUAGGGGCCGGAUCAGGCCCAAUCACCUUCUAAAUCCAGCCUGAGGAUGGUCCAGGAAUCAGCGUGUUUUUACAUGAGUAGAAUGUGUCCUUUAUUUAAAAUGCAUCUCUGGAUUAUUUGUGGGGCCUGCCUGGUGUUUUUACAUGAGUAGAAUGUGUCCUUUAUUUAAAAUGCACCUCUGGAUUAUUUAUGGGGCCUGUCUGGUGUUUUUACAUGAGUAGAAUGUGUGCUUUUAUUUAAAAUGCAUCUCUGGGUUAUUUGUGGGGCAUAGAAAUUCGUUCAUUUUUUAUUUUUUCUCCAAAAUAGAGUCCGGCCCCCCACAAUGUCUGAGGGACAGUGGACCGGCCCCCUGCUGAAAAAGUUUGCUGACCCCUGGCUUAGACUGACUGGCUAGGCAGGACAGGGGAGAUCAGGGUUCACAUUCCCCACUCCAGCCAUGAAGCUGGGCAAGAAUUACUUUGGGCCACUCACUCCAGCCCAACCUACCUCACAGGGUUGCUGUUCUGGCUGCCUGAGCACGUGGGACAGCCAAGCUAAAAACAAAUCAUGUUCUGUGGCCCACGUAGAUCCAUUUGCCAAUCCUUGAAGUCUGGGCAGCUCAGCUGCAUAGAGCGUGAUGCUGAUAAUGCCAAGGUCGCAGGUUUGAUCCCCGUUUGGAACAACUGCAUAUUCCUUCAUUGCAGGGGGUUGGACUAGAUGAUCCUCAGGGUCCCUUCCAACUCUACAAUUCUAUGAAUCUAUGUAAUUGCGGUUUCUGCCACUCGCUGUUACCGCUCCUCCCCUUUUGAACCUAUGAUGCUGCAUUAUGCCGUGUUAGAUAAUCUAGCCCAAUACAGUUUACGGGUACCCGAGAUAAUUUUUCAAACAUUUCUUAAUCACAAGUAUUUCUGAUAAGAGGCUCCCUCGCAUCCAGGGGGCUAGUGAGAAGUCCUCAUAUAUUUUGUUUCAUCAAUACUGCGCAGCGUCAGGUGAUCCCAGGCCAUUCACUAGGGGAAUUGAACUUUUGACACUCAGCUUAUAAGGCAUGUGUUGCUCCCUGUUAUGCAUCAGAUUGGAAAAGCAGUUGUGUAGCAAGUCAUUGACUUUUUGGGGGAUUAGAGCAUGGAGCAAUACCCACAGCUCCCUCCCUGUUCCGUUACACUGCAUUAGUCUAAACCCAUAAACCCGUCGCUUCUUGGCACAUUCCCAUUUUUGCCUGAUUCAUUGUGUCCUGCAUGUUACCCCUGACAUUUACAAAAGUCCUAGCAAAUGACAGCUCCCAGCGCAGCCUGAAUGGAACGAUUUGAGAUUUUUCUCAGUUUGUGUUGCAGUCUGCUUCCCACCAGAUGUCAAUAUGAGAGAUAUUUGUUGGCAUCUUUCACAAGUAGGAAUCCAGCACAAAGUACAAACGUCUUUUUGCCCGAAUGCUGAGUCUGGCAGGUGCUUGAACUGACUUGCAGACAAAACAAUACAUCAGUCAUUGAACCUAUAUUGUAAUUCUAGGGGGUGUGCCCCUGCUCUCAUUGCUCCACCACCACUAACCCAGGAGUGGGGAACUGUUAGCUCCUACCCCACAGGCCACCACAGACUGGUGGGCAAGGCAAGUCACUUAUCCAUCACAUGUAAUCUUUAUGAUAUCACAUAAUUGAUAGGUGUGCUUUUCCACCAACCUAUCAAAAUCCCUUGUGGGGUUCUGAAGCUUCUGUUGAGGGAUGCCAGAAAGAAGGCUGUAUUUUGAAAUGUGGGCUUCUUUCUUGCUUUUUGUGAUGACAAUGGCAGCAGCAGCCUUGUUCCCUGUGCAACAUUGGAGGUUGAAAUGGGGUGUGCAGGCCUCCUGCUGCAUAUAAAGGGCUUUUGCAAUCAUCCAUGCUUUUCAGAUGCAAAGAUUAUUAAAUGGAAUUCUCCCUCCUUGAGUAGGCGUGUUCCUAAGACCUGCCCCUUUCCACCUCAUGCUGCUGCUACAGCCAAAUGGGAUGAAGAACUGGCCCAGCGGUGGGAAGAGAGGAGCAUGGGGAGGAGGCCAGGUAGCCUCAGAAGGUUGCCUCUUCAUUGUGUUCGGUGGCUUCAGUUGCAGAUUACUAGGCAGCCCAGCGACUGCUUCCAGUCCCCUUCACUCCUAAUAUGCAGCAGUAGCAGAAGCAGCAGAUCCCAAGCUCAUUGGAGAGGAGGAAGGUGGCCAGUAACGAUGCUGGCCAGCCUUGGGCUCUGGAUCCUGGAGGCAGGCGCCCUGUUUUUGGCAGAUGUUAGCAUAUAUCAUAUUGAAACUCUUGAUUCAGGUCCUCCUGAAAUGGUAUUGCCAGAAUACUCUGGCGACAGAGUUUGCAUCUGGGUCUGAUGGAGGAGCUGGUCCCUGUGUUGAUAUUAUGUGAUAUGGUGAUGCUGGCAAGUAAAAAAAUCACAAUCGAACCUUGUUCAGACCUUUGUUGUCAAGACAGAGGUACUUCUUCAUGUGUCUUUACAUUAAGUCGGACUCCAGUUAUGAAUGCUUAAUUGCUCUUAACCUCACAGCAGACACUUUUUUUCCUUUAAAUUCGCCAUAUAUUUAGCUUUCAUCAAAUAGUUGGUUUGAUCAUGCAUUUGUGGUUCAUUUCUUGUUCCUGGCUAUAUAUAGAUAGAAAUAUGUACGUACAGUGGUACCUCGGGUUAAGCACUUAAUUCGUUCCGGAGGUCUGUACUUAAUCUGAAACUUUCUUAACCUGAAGCACCACUUUAGCUAAUGGGGCCUCCUGCUGCUUCGGCGCCGCCGGAGCACGAUUUCUGUUCUAACCUGAAGCAAAGUUCUUAACCUGAAGCACUAUUUCUGGGUUAGCGGAGUAUGUAACCUGAAGUGUGUAUAACCUGAAGCGUAUGUAACCUGAGGUACCACUGUAUUUAAGACUGCUUAUCCUUACCAGAAUUGCCUUCUAUUUAGCCACAGUAAACCUCACCAUCCUUCUGCUGUUCACAUGAUGCGCAUCUGGAGACUUGAUUGCCUGCUAAAGGGGUUCAUUUAUGUAGCAGCCUUGAAAUAAGGGAACCCUUAUCUUCAAAUAAUCUGGUUUUCCCACAGAGAUGCACUGCAAGAGAACAGCGUAAGUGAAUUAAUUAGCCUUUUAUUGUAUUUUGAAGGUCAUAAUCACCAUGGGCUCUGGAAGCCCAGGGGAGGUGGUGUGUGCUGGUGCCAGGGGAAGCGAAUGUCUCUGCAGAUGCUUCGCUCUUGAGGCUGUUCCUCUAGAGCCACUUUAACUUGCUGACAGACGUCAGGAAAUAGAUAGAAAAGGCUGGUGCAGCCUAUGUGUUGGCUUCCCUAGAUAAAAACUUCAAGCAGCGUUGAUUGGUUUAAUUAUUACUGUUUUAUGUAGAUUGAUUUGAAACCCAGUGUUUCCAAAGCACAACUCUCCUUUUUAAAUGAUGCUCUCAUGGGUAGUAGUAACAGGCUCUGUCCCAGCUUCUGCCAACCUAGCAGUUCAAAAGCAUAGCAGCGCAAGUAGAUAAAUAAGUAUUGCUGCGGCAGGAAGGUAAACGGCAUUUCCAUGUGCUCUGGUUUCUGUCAUGGUGUUCCGUUGUGCCAGAAGUGGUUUAGUCCUGCUGGCCACAUGACCCGGAAAGCUGUCUGUGGACAAACGCCGGCUCCCUCUGCCUGAAAAGUGAGAUGAACGCCGCACCCCAUAGUUGCCUUUGACUGGACUUAACCAUCCAGGGGACCUUUACCUUACCUUUUAGUAACAGGCACCAUGUUAGCAGAAGCAUUUCUCCUGCAUGUGUGAAAGAAGUGAGAUCUUAAAAUGUUGCAUACCGUUGGCUGUUCUUUUAUAAGCACUUGUAGUUAAAAAGCAUACAGUGGUGCCCCGCAAGACGAAUGCCUCGCAAGACGUAAAACCCGCUAGACAAAAGGGUUUUCCGUUUUUCAAUGCGCUUCGCAGGACGAAUUUCCCUAUGGGCUUGCUUCGCAAGACGAAAACGUCUUGCGAGUCUUGAGAUAUUUUUUUCGCUUCCCCCCCCUUUUUCUAAGCCGCUAAGCCGCUAAUAGCCGCUAAACCGGUAAUAGCGCUAAUCCGCUAAGCCGCUAAUAGGGUUGCUUCGCAAGACGAAAAAACCGCUAGACGAAGAGACUCGCGGAAUGGAUUAAUUUCGUCUUGCGAGGCACCACUGUAUAUUUGUUAUCUGCUACCUGAGGAAGAUGCUGCUGCUGAUUAUAUUUUAUUAUUUGUGACUGAGAUGCCCCAGCCACACUGGGUGGCUUCCAGCAUGUACAGAAACAUAAUAAAACAUCAAACAUUAAAAACUUCACUAUGCAGGGCUGUCUUCAGAUGCCUUCUAAAGAUUGUACAGUCGUACCUUGGUUUUCAAACAGCUUAGUUCUCGAAUGUUUUGGCUCCCGAACGGCGCAAACCCGGAAGUGACUGUUCUGGUUUGCAAACUAUUUUUGGAAGCCAAACGUCCGACGGGGCUUCCACGGCUUCGGAUUGGCUGCAGGAGCUUCCUGCAGCCAAUCAGAAGCUGCACUUUGGCUUCCGAACGUUUUAGAAGUCAAAGGGACUUCCAGAACGGAUUCUGUUUGACUUCCAAGGUACGACUGUACAGUGGUGCCCCGCAAGACGAAUGCCUCGCAAGACGAAAAACCCGCUAGACGAAAGGGUUUUCCGUUUUUCAAUGCACUUCGCAGGACGAAUUUCCCUAUGGGCUUGCUUCGCAAGACGAAAAUGUCUUGCGAGUCUUGAGAUUUUUUUUCGCUCCCCCCCCCUUUUUCUAAGCCGCUAAGCCGCUAAUAGCCUUUUAGCCGCUAAGCCGCUAAACCGCUAAUAGCGCUAAGCCGCUAAUAGGGUUGCUUCGCAAGACGAAAAAACCGCUAGACGAAGAGAUUCGCGGAACGGAUUAAUUUCGUCUUGCAAGGCACCACUGUAUCUCCUUGAUAUCUGACCUAAGGAGGAGCACCUUCUUAGUUGAUUUUUAAAAGCAUACAAUGAAACAAUUUAAAGCUUGCAGCCCUCAUAAAACGGAACUAUCAUGCACUCUCUCAGAGGUGAAGAAAGAGAGUUGAUGUUGACUCAGUUGCUGGCAGCCAUGUUUGUUUUGGGUGGGGGCAGGCGUUUGGCUCAAAUGCAAAGGGGAGGACAUAGGGUUAGGCGGGCCUGUGCGUCGUUCAGAAGGCUCACCGAGGAGAGGGAAUAGCGCAUGUUGGCUCCCAUCGCUGCCAGUUAACAGUCUCGUAGCUCACUGUGUUGCUCUGUUGAGUGUGUGGGGGUGAGCUCAGGGUUUUUCGUGGAGUCCUGGCUCAGCCAGGAGUUACACAGGAACUGAGUGGUGGCGGAGUUGAGGCCGCUGCUGGGAACAUCUCCCAGCUUCUCAGGAAGCCCUGCCCGUUCUUGGAGAAGAAUAGCUUUUAAAUGUGUAUUUGAAGGUAGCUCCAUAUUAGAGGUAGCCUCUUGCUACGCCAGGAAGAAAAACGGUUUGAACUUCCACUAGCAGAGAGAAAGGCAUAUUAAGUGGACAAGCUUAAUAUGGUCCCAGGUUGCUUGACAGGAGUGUGGUGCCAUCAAGUGAAGUUACGUUACCAAGAAAAAGGACAAGAGCAAACAAAAAAACGAAAAAUGCUUGGAAUUGUUCCGUUGGCGGUAGUUCUUGUAAUUGAAAUUAAAUUAUUUUUUUGGGGGGGGUAUUCUUUGAUCACAACUUGGUUGUUGCAUCUUAAUUCCACAUGGGUUCCGAUUUCUCCACUUGGCGACAGAGCUAACUCUCAGCCUGGCCUAACCAACUCACAAGAUUGCUGAUAACAGCUCAGUGAAUGCUGUUGGCUGGAAGCAAAGGGGAAUUGUUUCCAUCAUGCCACUCCUUUGCCUCAGGGGAUUUUGGAGGAAGUUGUUAACUGGAAAUAACAAGGAUGGGGGCAGAAGAUGCUACCUGGCUAAUUCUGAUUCUGUAUCAAUACUGUGUGAUAUUUGUCCUUGUACUAGUUUGGGGUAUAAUGUUAAGUUUAGAUUAUUAUUUUAAGCUUCAGUGAACACCUCUUGGGGCUGUAAAAUGGGGUAUAUAAGGAUUUUAAACAAUAGCUAAAAAAUACAGGGCUUGGGGAGAGCCAAGUAUGCCAUUUUGAAGAAAAGGAGGGAUAUGUGUUAAUAAAUUUUGAUAAGCAGUUGAUUUGUGUUUGUAAAUGCGUGUGCAUACCUGUAUGUUGCAGAUUUUUAGUAUAACUUCUGCCUUUCCGUUUUUCUUUUUCUUUUUGGUAGGGUGUCGGUGUGUCUGUUCAUGGGCACUUCAGAGUCGCUACAGAGAAGACGGUUUUUGCAAUGCCAGAGACAGCCAUAGGUAAAGACUGCAUGUUAACGUUUUCCAUUGUGCUACCUUAAGACUUUUGAUAGAGAAGCAGUGAGGUGUAGCAGUUAAGAUUGUUGACUUUAGCGGGGAAUGGGUUCAAAUCCCUGCCUUUGCAUGAAGUUUGCUGGAGACCUUGGUUACACUCUUUUAGACUGACCUGCCUCCAUGUAUGCUGUUCUAAGGUCAGCGGAGGAAGAAAAGUGGAAUAUAAUGUGUUUAUUGUAAUAUCGCUACCCCCCCCACCCCGCCGCAGGAUUUCAAAGACCUUACAUACAGGAAACAGAGACACCAAAUAAACAAAUUAUGUAUAACACCUCAUGCUUUCUGUAUUUCUGAGGCAGCUGUCAAUAGAUGUCCUUGCAUAUCAUCAUCAUCAUCAUUAUCUGAAAUUAAUAAUAAUAAUGGUCUGAUCUCUAUCUUUCCAUUAAUGGAACACUGUUUUGUUUUGUUUUGUUUUGUUUUGUUUUAAUGAAUGAAAAGGACUUUGAUUCAGUGGAGGCUCCUGGUGGAAAGGAGAGGCAAUUUUUGAUCAUUCAUGGAGGGGUAAUUCAGGGUCUGAACCAAGACAUUUGCAAGAAGAAAGGGCAGUGUGAGGAAUAUAUACAAGAAGAAAACAUAAAGUCCAGGGUCAGCAUCAUUCGUAAAAAGUAGUUUUGCCAAUUAAAACACAGGUCUAUUAAGCAUAGUGGCCAUGGAAAUCAGGCAGUAGCAGAAUGACUGAGCAUUAAUGUGUGUUUUUUUGGUAGUGGGUGAAAAAAAGGAGGCAGAGAUCUUAAUUUCAGAUGAAAGGGACCAGCUACAAGGCCUGGGGAGGUUUGGAAAAGACAAAAGAGCAGCAGUAUGUUUUAAUGAGAGGAAUAGUUUCCCACCUUCAUAAUUUUAAUUUUAAUUUUGCUUUCUUCAAUUGCAGGUCUUUUUCCUGACGUAGGUGGAGGCUACUUCUUGCCAAGGCUUUCAGGGAAGCUGGGAUAUUUUCUUGCCAUGACUGGAUUCAGGUUGAAAGGAAAAGAUGUUCACAAAGCGGGAAUUGCUACUCACUUCAUAGAAGCAGAGAAGGUAAAUCUACCUGAGCAGGUACCUGGCCAUGCUGUAAUCCCAGGUGAACACUGGGGCCUAGCUUGGGUCUGCUGGAUUGGGGGGGGGGGUUCUUCUCAGGCAUCUUUUUGCUUCCUGAGAAGGAGAACAAGUCCUCCUUUCCCCUGCUAAUGCUUCUAGAGGUAUCCUGGCUCUCAAAACAAAUUUCAGGACACAUUGCAACACUGAAUUAGGCACACUAAAGCCUAUUUAUUUCAGUGGACUUUAGCACAGCCUACUCUUAAGCUACACUGAGACUUCAGAGUUAUGUGGCCUUGUAUAGAGUUCUUCCAUUUUAAAAAUAUCCUGGCUCGUUCUGAAGCUGUUAAUUGCAGUUUCCUGGUUCAAACAGGAGGUGAUAGUUAAUGGAAACUGGAUUGCUGUUGUGCACUCAAUCCUGUUGGCCUGUUGAUUAGAGACAUGGUAAUCUGAACAUGGCUACUAUAUCAAAAGACUUAUUUUGAUCUCCUUGUUGUGUAUUUGUGAAGAAGGCCACCUUCACUUUUGCUGAGAGAAGUGGGGAAAAGAAUAUGCUUGCUAGCGGGGAUUGCCCUACCCUAUUUGAUUGCCACGAGUUCUUUGCAAGGGAAUAUAUUGAAAUUAUAUCAGCAUCUCGUGAAAUAAUGCAUUUGGCAAUUGUAUUUUCGUUUGCAGAUGGCUGCCCUAGAAAAGGAUUUGACGGAAUUAAAGUCCCCAUCGAAGGAAAAUGUUGCUGAUAUAUUGGAUUCGUAUCACAAGAAGGUAAAUGGGUAGCUAACAAUAAUAGAAGACUGCGAAAAGGAGAACCUUCAUACAGGACACUGAGUCUCUGUAAGUGUUGCUAAUUGAUUUCCCCCCCAGCACCUCAGUGGCAUGUUAUAAAAUCAAGUUUGACAAUCGAUCAUAAACUGCACCCACUUAUGGCCCGUUCUCUUUGCAGUUCUCCCCCUCCCUGAUUGUUGCUGUUCACAAGGUCACUUUUUGUUUGAAAUGUUGUCAGCUAAAGCAGCUGUUAGUGUCAGAGCACUGAACAUAAUUUUUGUUUUGUUUUGAUAGUGUUCCAAAAAUACUAGUGCCAAAAAUUACUUGCUGUAAUUGCUAGAAUAACAUCUUUGGUGUUAUUCCUAUAUGGGACACUUUAUGGAUUUAGUUUUUCUUGCUUUUCCUAUUAUCUUUUAAAAACGUAUGUGGCUGCAAUCCUAUAUAUACUUACCUGGAAGGAAGUCCCAUUGAAGUAAUAGAUAGCUCAGUUGGUAGAGCAUGAGACCCUUAAUCUCAAGGCCAUGGGUUUGAGCACCACAUUGGGCAAAAGAUUCCUGUAUUACAGGGAGUUGGACUAGAAGACCCUUGUGAUCCCUUCCAAUUUUACGAUUCUAUGAUAAUUGGGUCUUACUUCUGAGUAGACAUGGCUAGGAUUGUGUUGUAAGACGCUAAUCUUCUGUUUAACAGAUGUAAUGUAUGCAACCUAAUGAGUUUGACAGAGUACUUCCUUAGAUGGAAAGGAAUGAAGUCUAACUCUUGCCUCUGUAUGCUUGAAAUUUUGCUGUCUUCGAAGAAGUUGGACACAUGAAAGGUUGAUUCUCUUUCUCCAAUAUGGCUGCUUCUUUCUGUACCAAGCUUCUCUGAUCAACAGACAAUGGGAAUAUGAAUGGAAUGAGUAAAUUUUCAGCAAAUUGGGAGAGAGAAUAGUGAUGUGCAAGCUGAGCGCUAAUGGAGUGGAAGCUGUGCACAGGGAGCCACCAGAAUACAAAUGACAGGCAUUAGUUUUUGAUCCACAGCUGAUGCCGUUGUAACUGAAACACAUGUUUGUAGCUUAACCUUGGCCCCUGCAGCGCCAGCAGGUUCAAGGCAUUUGUCACGAGCCACAAUUUGAACGCUUCAUGUCGUGCAGGGCCCCUCUGUUUGGCCGGGAAUAGUCAAUACCAGUCACCUAAUUGACGUUCCUUUCAAUCGAAAUGUGUAUAAAUAUAGUUCUGGUAGCACUGUGUGUUGCUGGAGAUAGAGAAGGGAAGGUUAAUUUGCAGGGUGGCAAGGAGCGCCUUUCAUACAUUGAAAUAAUGUCACAAGGAGCAGCUUUUACCACAAACAGAGGGGAGCCAUUCUUUAGUUUGUAGGUUUGCUGACCCUGGCGACGUGCCAUGCUGCAUUUGACAAAAUUCCCCCUCCUACAGAACAUAGAAUCGUAAGGAUCCAUAAGGAUCAUCUAUUCCAACCUCCUGCAAUGCAGGAAUCUUUCUGCCCGACAUGGAACAUGAACCCAGAACCCUGAGAUUAUGUCUCAUGUUCUACCAACUGAGCUAUCCGGGCAUACAGUCGACCUUGGAAGUCGAACGAAAUCCGUUCUGGAAGUCCCUUUGCCUUCCAAAAUGUUCGGAAAACAAAGGGCGGCUUCUGAUUGGCUCACGGAACAGUCACUUUCAGGUUUGCGGCGUUUGGGAGCCAAAACAUUCGAGAACUAAGCUGUUUGAAAACCAAGGUACGGCUGUAUAUUGUAAUGACAUGGGCUUCUAGCAGUCUCCCAUCCAAAGGGCUGAUCACGCCCAUGCCUACUUAAGUGUCAGUACCGUUGCAGCACCAGAGUUUCUGAGGCCUGUUGUUCUUUAUAUCAGGCCAUCCUGUUCUUUUGUGCACUGUUCUUAUACUCCACACUGUGUAAAAGUAGAUAAGCUUUUAAAACGGUAGAUAAACUUUUAUCUUCAAAGCGUAGCUAGAACGUGUGAGGCACUUUGCUUUCAGAAGCACAAAAGAGACAGCUUUGUGUUCCAUCAGCCAUUUAAAAAGGAUUCUGGAAUCAUGGACAUUGUUUUAGUUACAGUCUGAGCCCACCUGAGGAUGAAGCACUGAAUGAUAAAGUAGUUCAGGGCUUGGUUGUAAAUUUGAAUGGGAGACCAUGCAAAAUCAAAAUAGAAGUGUAAUAAGCAAACCGAGAAACAAAAACAGGUUAGCUAUAAUUUUAGAAAAGUCGCUUGAACUCAAAAUGAUAUUUCAUUUAUUGCAUUUCUUUUUUAAAAGAGAAAAGAGCAAAUAGCUGCUUUGCUGCAAUUUAGCGUUUGGGAUACGGAUAUGAAAGGUGUUGGUGUGUUCUGCUUUUUGUAACAGUGCAAAGUUGAUCAAGAAAAAGAAUUCGUGCUUGCCGAGCACAUGGACAAGAUUAACAGGUACUUACCAUCCAUUCAUGUUUAGCGGGAGCUAUGGAUUGGGUUCAGUAAACCUUUUGGUUACUUUUUGUUGAGAUUCUUGCAAAAAUAUUUAUCCAAUAGACCUCUUUUGCAAAAAUAUUUAUGUCAUAGAACUGCUUUGAUUCAGUAGCUCUUAAAUAAUUGUGGUUCCUCACUGAGGGCCAAACUGCACAUGCAAAAAGAAACUAGAUUUCUUUCUAUACAGGCCCGUUGCUAUCAUGUAUAGAGCUGUCCCCAAAGCAGGAGGAGCACAGGGGUGGGAUGUGUGUGUGCUGAGUUCUCCCUCUCCAUCCUCCUCCUUUUCCUCUGCAGUUUGUUGUUCUUCCUCCAAUACUGGAAGUGAGCCUGGCUAGAGAGGAAGAGCCCUCCCUUGGGUGGGAAGCUCAGGGAAAGAGAGAGGAUUCAACAUCCCUGUGCAAACAUGAGUUAAAUUGUGUGACACCCCUUCCUUCCCCAGUAGAAGGGUGACACGGGUUUGUUAGGCCAGAUUCAGUUACUUGAAUUUCCAGAAAAACGCUGAAAUAAGGCGGGUGCUACCAAAAUCUUUUUAACUGAUUAGUGGACAGAAAGGAAUGAUAAGCAUGGCUUGUGUAAGUAAUAAUUGCCAUGUAUAAAACCAGAAAUGCCUAUGAGGAUUUUUGUAAAAAAAAAAAAAAAGUGUUAUCUGAAUACCACUUUGACCAUGUUAAUCAUUGCUGCCCAGGUAGUUAUUGCUAAAACAUGGUGUGCCAACAAUUCUUUAGGAUUGAGGGACAUUGUUUUCUAUGUUAUUGUGGACUCUUUGGCACAAACAUUAAGGAUUGUGAUUUAAUCUCUUUUAAAAUCUCUUUUCAAAUGGGAAAAAUCUUGCCAAGGACAUUUUCUUGAAAGGGUCAAAAGCUUCACAUGCUGCCUGGUGUGACUAUUUUAGUAUAUCUCUAUCUGAUGGUACAUGUACGUAUUCUACAACUUUCAGGUAUACAUACACCAGUCAUACCACCAAGUAUUAUAAAUAUUUAAAUAAGGUAUAUAGCUUGGGAAUAUUAUAAUUGCUUCCAAAAAAUCCCUGUAAUUUUGCUGACUCUUGACAAAAUAUUUCUCCUCUUGACUGAAGUGUAAUAUAUUUUCUGUUUCAGCUUAUUUUCAGCAAACAGCAUGGAAGAAAUUGUUCAGAACCUGAAGAAGGAUGGCUCCCCUUUUGCACUUAAGCAGCUAGAGGUGAGGUGAUUUUUAUCUUAUUUUAGGGUUGCAUAUGUAAGCUACCAUUUUUAAGCCUGCCAUACUGCCAUGAGUGUAGCACAGGGCAAGGCACAAUGGGAUGUAUCUAGCUCUGGCAACAGAAUUCCACUUGUGCAGUUAAACUUAAUAUUAUUAUUAUUAUUAUUUAUUAAAUGUAUAUACUGCCUUUCAUACUGACUUUCAUAUUGCAAACAUGGUCUGAAGUAGGUAGCUAAUUUUACUUAAGUUUAGCUAUUCGUGAUGAGUUGUAUCCAGUGAACUUCCUUUCUAUGAAAGCUUUGUGACCGAGCAGAGGCUUCUGUGAAUAGAAAUGAGAGGGAGGUGAUUUCCCACGAAUUCUCCCUUUCUCUUGCAGCCCUCCACCCACCCACCUCCCACCCACCUCUGGAGGGUCCUCAAAGCCUCUAGAUCAGAUUUUAAGGGGUAUGGAGGGGAUGCAGAAGGAAUUUGUGAGAAUCUGCUUCCUCCUCCAGUGCGGGGUCAGAGAGCUUUCUGUCAAUGGAAGAACGCUAUUGGAUAACUUCGCCCUUCCCCUUUAACAUUCCAGUUUAAAUUUUGGAUAAAAAGCACAAAACUCUACUCUGAGGAAAGCUUACAUUCGCUAACAUUUUAAUGUUUAGAUUUUGUAUUAUAUCAAUUUUGACCCACGGAAACUAUAAAUAUAACCAAAUUGAAGUACGCAUUUUAACUUACAAUAAGUGUUUUGAGUGUUUAUGUUUAUUUAGUCAGGUGUAUCUGCAGAGAGGAAUCUGUUUCAAUCUGGAUCAAGGACUUUUGAAUGUAGUUGUUGAAAAUGAGUAUGGACAGGAGACCUGUUCAGAGGUAUCAAGGGCGUCCUUAAUUGAAAAGAGCAGCAUGAAAUUUUAAACCUCUUCCAUAAUCAAAUGGCGUUUAUUCAGACGAUUGAGAAAUUUGGGGCUGUUUUUAAAAGUAGCUGUAGCACCAGAUUUUUGCUUGGCUUAGGUGGCAAAAUCUAUUAACAUGUGCUGAUGGCACAGGUGUGAAAUUGCUGUUUGUCUUGAAUCACACAGCCGAAGGCAGCAGGUGUAAAAACACUGCUGGAUAUAGACUUGGUAUGUAAGAGGGGGAAACAUUCAUGGCUGUGUUUUAAAACUAUCAGCACAGUUGAUUUGGUUUUCAGCGUUUGCUCAGUGUUGCACUGCUGGAUGGUGUUUCUGAAGCUAAAAUAAUGGAGAUCAAGCAUAUGAAUCUUGUCCCGCAACCUGCUCCAAGAAUCCACAUUCUGUGUGUCCAAAAGUUAUAUCACAGUAUAUAGAUUAGGUAAUGAUUAACUUAGAGCUACUGCCUGUUUAUUCUUGUUCUCAAGCCCUUCUGUUCUGCAAUUGCUGAUAAGAAAAUUCCUAGACUUCACUAAUGUUUUGGUGGCCUUGAUUUUCUGUUGACCUUUUUUGAAGAUUUAUACCCUGCCUUUUGAUCCUCAGUGCAGCUUACAACAUAACAAGGCAGUACACAGUGGAACAAACAAAGUGUAUAUGCACACAACAGCCAGCAGCCAUUAUUCUGCUGGCUGUAGGAAGGGCUUGAGCAGGCAUAGGCAAACUCGGCCCUCCAGAUGUUUUGGGACUACAGCUCCCAUCAUCCCUAGCUAACAGGGCCCCAGUGGUCAGGGAUGAUGAGAGUUGUAGUCCCAAAACAUCUGGAGGGCUGAGUUCGACUAUGCCUGGGCUUGAGGGCCCUUUCCUAUACUUCCGCAGUCCCUGGGCAAGGGAGAAACAAACAAGCUUACUGCAACUGCUUGGAUAGAUGCUGGAUGGGACUAGGCUUGUCUCCUCCUUGCCACAUUGCUCUUCCCAGUGCUCCAACUUCCCAGUGACCCUGUAGUCCUUUGGCUAACAAAUGGGGCCCAUGUGCAUUUCCCGGGAUGUAUGUGUGUGCUGUAUUCAGCCAAUAUAUUAUUUAUUUAUACCACGCCCAUCUGGCUGGGUCUCCCCAGACACCCUGGGCAGCUCCCAACAGAAUAUUAAAAACACAAUCAAACAUCAGUCAAACAUUAAAAACUUCCCUAAACAGGGCUGCUUUCAGAUGUCUUCUAAAAGUCAGAUAGUUGUUUAUUUCCUUGACAUCUGAUGGGAGGGCGGGCGCCAUUACCGAGAAGGCCCUCUGCCUGGUUCCCUGUAACCUCACUUCUCGCAGUGAGAGAACUGCCAGAAGGCUCUCGGCGCUGGACCUCAGUGUCUGGGGUGAAUGAUGGGGGUGGAGACGCUCCUUGAGGUAUACUAGGCCGAGGCCGUUUAGGGCUUUAAAGGUCAGCACCUUUAAAGCACCUUUAAACUCUACAAUUGAAAAAUAAUAAUGAAUGAAUGAAUGUUAGCCUCCCUGUAGCUUAUAGAGGUUCACUCCAACUUAGUUUUCGAUUAAUAUACGCAUGUCAAUAAUGAAUUAAUCUUUGGUUCUAAAAUAACCCUUUCUUUACCGUACAGAAGGUCUGAGAUUGGAUCAGGUGGGUAGAGUCAGUUCAAGUUUAAAAUAAAAGUUGGCUUUUAGCAGAUGCUAAUUAACUUAGAUGGUGAUACCUUUAAAUCCACGUCUAGACAAAGCCAUGCAAUUUGUAAGCCUAAGUCCUAUUUACUGUCCAUUUAACUGAACCAGUAACAUGCUGGCUCUCACCCCGUUUUUAGGAAAAUGAGGUGAUGAAUAGCUCAGUUAGUAGAACAUGAGACCCUUAAUCUCAGGCUUGUGGGUUUGAGCCCCACAAAGAUUCCUGCAUUCCAGGGGGUUGGACUAGAUGGCUCUUGUGACCCCUCCGACUCUACAAUUCUAUGAUUCUAUGUAGCUUUGCUAAAACAAAGGUGCUGAAACUGGAGGUCAUUCCUGCUGCCCCCCAGUGAAAAGUCUAAAAGCCUGCAAAGUUUGUUCUCUUUCUCUUUGUGUACACACACUGAGUUGUUAAUCAAAACAGCUGUAGUUUUAUGCAAACAAAGCAGAAGUUAAUAAUUGGAGCUUGCUAUAAUAAUGCUAUUCCUCCCCAGUAUAGUUGUCACUGAUAAAUAUAACAGGUAAUGGAAUAUAUGCAUUGCUUUCUGCCUUUGCAAUAAAAACUAAAGUGUGGGCAAAAAGGUACAUAUUUUGUAUGAAUGCACGGUAUUGUUUGUAAGUAGUAGCCACUGGCCUUGUCUUAUUCAAGGACACACAUGGAUCAGUGGCUGGAUCAGGAACCAUGUGUGCAAAUCUGAUUUGUGCAGAAAUAGGCCAUCUGUGUGGCAUCCCCAUUUCAGAACUUGUCACAUCUAAAUACCUUCAAAAAUGGUGACUAGGCUUGGGUUGGAGUGGCUAGUUUAAAAGCAGUGUUGAACUUCCUUGGAAUUAUUAUAAAAUAAGUUUGUUCGGUGUAUAUUGAAAUACGGUUUAUUCUGGUGACACAUAUGAAGAAGUGUUGAAAGCCAUCACAUACAUUUUUGACAUCUGAGCUAAUUUUAAACAUGCACCUUAGUAGAAAAACAGUGGCUCUGAUGUUUUUGCCCUUGGCUGUCCAGAACAUAACAAAACUAUCUAUCUGAGUCUAUACUUCACUUGAAUCAAAUUUUGUUUGGAAGCAGUAUAAAGACAAUUUAUGUCUUUUUAAAUAUGUGUUGCUGGUAUUGAAAGCUCACCCAAUACUGCUGAUACAAUUAGCAAUAGGCUAAAACAAACCAAUCCAAAUAAAAGCAAUUUAAAGUAAAAUAAACAGACCAACAAACUAGGGGUAACAAGGAGCAGUCGCCGUCAAGAGGUCUCUCUCAGAAUUUCCAAAAUUCUCUCUGGAAAUAAAAAUGGCUGUAGAAAGCAGGGAGGAGGCUGUCAGGGUCCUCAUAAGAAGAGAAUUGUAGAAAAUCGAGUCUGUUAAAGAGAAGGCUGUGAUUCUGUUAGUGGAGACUUGUCUAGCCUCAACAUAGGAUGGAAUUUGGAGCAGUUAGUAAAAAUCCAUGGUGCCUUUAUAGACUCAUAGAAGUUACUACAAAACACGGUGGGUCGGAUUGAACUAAUGAAUCCCAUCAGUGGAAGCCCCAGGCAAGGACUUUUACAUGCUGAAGGGGGCUCCCCCACUUUGUAUUAUUUGGGGCUUUUAUUUCAGUAGGUCAAGUGGUAUAAUUCUUUAUCUUGUGUACAGCUGAAAUAUAAUUGAAGGCACUGGUUGUAGAAGGGCUUAUGCAAAGGUUAAUGCCAUUAGUGGAGUAGCAAUAUUGGGAUUUGUUUUGUAUGUAUGGUGUUUUUGAGAAGUUACAACCACUGAGCCAGUGUGGUGUAGUGGUUAAGAGCGGUAGUCUCCUAAUCUGGGGAACCGGGUUCGCGUCUCCGCUCCUCCACAUGCAGCUGCUGGGUGACCUUGGGCCAGUCACACUUCUUUGAAGUCUCUCAGCCCCACUCACCUCACAGAGUGUUUGUUGCGGGGAAGGAAGCGAAAGGAGAAUGUUAGCCGCUUUGAGACUCCUGAAGGGGAGUGAAAGGCGGGAUAUCAAAUCCAAACUCUUCUUCACUGUGAAAGAUAUUAGUUUGUACAAUGCUUGGAUAUGUGUGUGCUCACUACAGGAGCUAGCAGUUAUAGCUCUGGCACUGAUAAUAAAAAACGAUUUUAUAUACGUGAGCUAAGCAGAGUUGGGAUCAUUCUCUCGUUCCUGUUAUACCCACUUUGAGACUUAGUUUUGAGUAGACAUGUUGUGGUUUCUGUAUAAUGUCACCUUAAAGUUGAAUGCUGAUGCUUCUUCCAAUUUUUAAACUCACUGUGGUGCAGAGUCAGCAUCCGUUUAUUCCCAACUUCCAGCCAGAUGAGGAUUUUACUAUAUACCCCACAAGAGAUUUGAUAAAAUUUGUCCCGCUGCUUAAUGUAGACGAAAUUGUUGUUCUGUGAGUUUAUAAGUGGCCAUCAUGAGGCAAGUGAAUAAAAUUCGUAUUACCAUUGCCCAGGCUUUUUUUUAAAUUUAAGCUUCCUUGGUCGCCCAUAACACAUUAUGUAUUAUCACUCCAGACUUGAAUUCAGUUGCUUGCUAAAAAGAAAUGAACGUCACUGUAAAUAUUUUGGGCUGGAAAAUGUAAAGCUGAGUUUUUGGCUUGACAAAAGUUAGUGGAUGACAGCCAGCGUGAUGUCAUUACUGAGUAAGCUUGCAGGGAUUUGCCAGUUUGGAGGCUUUCCAGUCAUAUUCCCCCAUGGAGGCAUUCUUCUGAACCAUGGGUAUGUUGAUAGUAUUGUUUGCUUCAAGCUAGUCGCCUCACGUAUUGUAGCUUUGUCCUAGGAGUUUCCUAGCUUUCAUCUUUCAGUUAAUAACUGUAAACAGAAGAAACCAUUGAUUAGUAAAGCUGCUGUUUUCCAGGAGGAUCCCUUAAUCUGGGGCAACGUCAGUUCCACCCCUCCCUUGAAACCACAGCUGUUCAUCUGUCAUUAAUCCGGAUGCUUCUUUCCUCAAUGAGAGGGGAAGCGGGAAUUGGGAUAUGCAGUUUGACCGAGUAUUGUGAUUGGAUUGUUCCUGUGUGCCUGGAUAACGCUUCGCAUGCUGAAUUUUCAGAGUCCCCCACUUGGUGUGUGCUGGAGUUUUUAAACUUGGUAUGCUGUUUCUCACCAGAAUUCAAACUCGCCCAGCAGAAAGCAUUUAUCAGCACAGUGCUGUAGGAGGCAGACUAAUCUCACUUGAGAGAUGCAUUCUCUCUGGGUAGCUUCCAGUCUUCCUUAUGUUCCACUGACUGACCAGUUUUUUCCUCCAUACUGCAUUCAUCUGCUAAGCCCGAUCAUUUCCUCUUGGCACAAUAUCUCUGUUACGUUGCUGCCGUGAUCAUGUCCAGCUUGCAGGCUUUCCACAGAUAUCUGGUCUGCUGCCGCUAAGAGAACAGGAUGCUGGACCAGGUGGGUCACUCUCCUGAUCCAGCAAUCUUGUCAUAUGUUCUUAAGGCUCAGUGACUCACUUUUCUACAGCAUACCUACCAGUGAUGCUCUUUUCGCUUUCAGCAUUUUUCUCCUUCCUGUCUACUACCGUUAGAUCCCUCCACCUUGAACCUCUUCGGGAUUCUGCAUACUGGAAGUUUUCAAACUUGUUAACUCGUCAGGGAUCCCUUGCCCUGGAAAGUAGUGUGGAUGUUACAUCAUUAAAAUCACAGAUGGGCCAACGUCCCCUGACUUAAUGUCACGUGGGCUCGGAAAUGAGGCAAACUAUUUCCCCUCCAAAUAUGGAGAAAAGGCUAGGCUAAUUUCUGAACCAAUCCAAGUUUGCUGACCGUUUUCCUGGUUGCAGCUGUUCAGAGUAACCCCUUUGCAAAAUUGCGGAGUGCAGGAGUGGCUAAACUUUGGUCCACCCUAUGUUUUUGGACUACAGCUCCCAUCAUCCCUGUCUGUUGGCCAUGCUGGCUAGGGUUGAUGGGAGUCUGAGUCUAGAAACAUUGGGGGCCACAGUUUUCCCACCCCUCGCAUGGGGUGCUUUGGAAGACUGCACCUAGGAAAACUGUGGCUGGGUGCAGGGAGGUAGAAAGUCCUGCCUGGGUGCUGUUAUUCUAAGGAUAAUCAGUGAAACGACGUUUCCAAUUAUUUCAAUAGGGAGAGUUAAAGAGGCUAUUUUCCUGCAAACAGCUUGGGUGGGGGGGAAUAGUAGCUGACUUCAGAAGAUUCUCUCCUCCAUCAACCUUCAGUGGUGGGUUAGUGUUUGCCCUCCACUGGGCGUUUUUGACUUCCAGGGUGGUGGUAAACUCGGAAGUCUUCUUUGACCUGGAGAAUUUGAGAGCUCUUCUGAUGCAAACACCACAGAGCCCUUAAAGCUCAUUCCCCAGGCCUGAGUUGGGUGAACUUUGUGAGUGCAUCUCUUAAGACUCAUGGCUUUUUGUAUGUACUGCAAUUUUCUGGGAGGUGGGGCAGCAUUCUCAGGUUGUGGCCAACUUCCUCCAUCCCACAUUAUAUAAUCAUCAUCAUCAUAAUUUUUAUUUAUACCCUGCCUUCCCCAGCAAAGGCCGGGCUCAGGGCGGCUAACAAGCAAUAAUAAAAACAAGUUGAAUGAAUACAACUUAAAAACAAGAUUAAAAUACAACAUUAAAAUAUUGAAACAUUAAAAUAUUAAAAUACAGCCUCAUCACAGGAGGAGAAAGAAAAAAGAAAGAGGGGGAGGGAAUCAAAUUGGCUCCAAGCCAAAGGCCAGGCGGAACAACUCUGUCUUACAGGCCCUGCGGAAGGAAAUCAGAUCCUGCAGGCCUCUAGGGGUUUAACUCUGGACAAUGCGUAGGACAGGCUUGCAGCUACCUCAUGUUUCCACUUGGCACAGCUUUGUAAUACUUUCCCGAUUUGAGACAUGAAGAAAUAGCACAUACAUGCUCCUCAUCAAUGACUUUUGAAAAUUCCUGGUUAGGAAGCAACUGGAACGUUAAAGAGAGGUUGGAAGCAGAUGCUGUUAACUGGGGUUUGUUUCUCCCCCAGUGCUUGUUCUUUCCUUGUCUCUGCUAUCAAGCCAGCUGGUGGUGAUUCAUGUAUACAAAACCAGAGGCACAGAACUGUGCUGCUAGUGCUUGCGGGAGUUAGCAGAUGUAAGGACGCGGGCAAAAUGGGUCACUGCUUUUAUCCGCUGGCGUCUGGAGGGAGGGAGAGCCCUGCGCGAUCAGGAGCCAGAAACACACUUGAUGCUGAGGCUGGUUGGAAAUCUGCCAUUUGCCCCUGUGGGUUAAGUAUUUAAUAUCCCCAUUGAAAACAGCAGCAAUAGGUGAAACUCACCAUCUGCCGGUUCCCAUUUUGUGUAUCUUUCAAUGUUGAAUGCUGUUCGCUUGGAUCUUUCCAGUUUCUCUGUUUCUUACAUUCUUGUCAUAAGCAGAGGGGCAAGUCACCUUCCUUAGGAUCAGGAGGCAGUGAAGUUUGUAAUUUGUCUUACCCAAGAGAGGAGAUUCAUUCCCUGAUCUCUGUUCCUAGCUCAGCUAGGAAACAGGCUUAAGGCAGUACUUCAUUCCUCUGCUCCGACUAUCCUCUUAAUUAGUCUCUUUUCUCCCUAGCUAGGAGAAUUGGGGAGGAAGUGCCAGUUGAGAUGAAGGCUGAAAGGAAGAAGCCCAGUUUGGUCUCCAAGGCUCAUCUCUGACUCCUCUCCUCCAGGAGAGGAAUGUUAGAAUGUUAAAUGGAGCGCAUUCCUUGUUGUAUGCUGAAAGUCCAUUUUGUUUCUCAUAGGCCAGGGUCCCUGGAGGGCUAAGGUUUCGAACAGUGCUAGCCAGCUGAAUUAAGAGGUAUGAAGAUGCUGCUAGCAGAAGUCUUGCCCUUUCGUAUGGGAGUUCUAGUCCUGCAGUAGCAUCAUGGUGUCAUUUUCCUAUGGAAGAAGAUGUGUUGCCUGAAAGAAGUUUCAUUCAUUGGCUGAGUAUUCAGGAUUCAACCUUUGUCAGUAGCCAAUCUUGCAGCCUCUGGUUGUAGAGUUUCUCCAGAGGAUUUUUGGGGCAUCAACUCUGAAUCAGUUUAUCCCUCUUGGGGGCUCUUUUGUAUAUGGCAAACCCCAGAAUUUCCCUCUGCCGAUACCUUGAGAGAUGUUUCUUUAAGUGGUGACUCUCUUUUCUGAAUAUUAGCGGAGAAACAUUCUUUUCCCACUCGUUAAAAAAAUUCUUAGGUGUGUAGUUUCCCGCAUAGGUAUCUUGUUCUGUUUAUACUACCAUAUUUUUCGCUCCAUAAGAUGCACCUGACCAUAAGAUGCACCUAGUUUUUAGAGGAGGAAAACAAGAAUAAAAAAUAUUCUGAACGAAACGGUGGAUGUAUGAUUUUUGUGAUUCAUGCUGUGGCCACAGACAUGAUAUGUGAUUUGACGGUGAGUUUGGGGUAGCCCAAUGCAAAAAUCCUGAGGAUCUAUGUGGAUCCGUGCUUUGCGCCAUUGCGGCCCCACACAACAGUGAGGCUCCAUGGGCUUUUACCUCCCCCCUCCCAGGCAGCCUCAUUUAUCUCUAGUGUCCCUUAUCUCUCCCCCCUCUCAUCGCUCGCCGAUCAGCUGCUUCCUUUCAACACUCCCUUCCCUCGUUUGCCUUAGUGUCUUUUCCUUAACUGGAGCAGUUUUUUGCUCCUCCUUUUCUUCUAAUUUCUCUCCUCAUUCCUUUAGUCUUCCUGUCUCCUCUCCUUACAAGUUCACUGUCUUUACCUCCCCCCUCCCAGGCAGCCUCCUUUAUCGCUAGCGUCCCUUAUCUCCCUCCGAUCUCUUGCCAAUCAGCUGCUUAGUGGCAUUGUUUCAACACCCACUUCCCUCUUUCUAAAAAAAAGAGAGCACGAUCUGCUUUUCGCCCCUAGGCAAUUCGGCUCCAGGGACCACGCAUUCGCUCCAUAAGACACACAGACAUUUCCCCUUACUUUUUAGGAGGAAAAAAGUGCGUCUUAUAAAGCAAAAAAUACGGCACUUCACUAAAAGUUCCAUAUACUAAUAUUCUGCUGUUCCUAAGUGAGGGUAGGGAGUCCCCCAGUUGAGGCCUGUUUCAGCUUUCUUCAUCCUGGUCCUGUGGAUGGGAACUUUCCACUUCCAGAAUGUCCCUCUGCUCAUCCCCAUAAAGGAGAUUCACCAGAUAAAGACAAUAUCUCGUUUUCUGAAAAAAUUCAGCCACACCCACACACCCACGGCUUUUCUCCUCUCAUAAAUAAAAUGUAUGAUUUUCCUUUAGCAGCUUUGAUUAAUGAUGUACAUGUUUUCACAGCAAAUGGGGAAACAAACUUGAUUUAUUAGGCUAUGUCACUAGUAGUCAGAUGUGCUGGCUGUGUCACAUGACUGAAUAAAGUAGUAGUAAAUUAUAAUUAAUGAUACAUAGGCAGAAGUCCAAAGAACUACUUAAGAUGUGCUCAGGGGACACACACACCCCGCCUUGAGUGGCAGAACUAAUUGUGCAGCAUUCUGGAUCUAGGCUUUAAUACUUCUAGAAAGCUUUUCUUCCUAAAUGCUCACAGUGGUAUACAUCUUAGUAGUUCUUCCAACAACCUUUUGGCUCCUGAUAACAAAAAAAAGUGUACAGCCCUUUGUAAGGCUAUAUCCUCAAGCUUUCUAUUGGCUAGAGCUGUGUUGGUCUGCCGUAGUCAAAAGAAAAUAAAAAAAAUUCCUUCCAGCAGCACCUUAGAGACCAACUAAGUUUGUCAUUGGUAUGAGCUUUCGUGUGCAUGCACACUUCUUCAGAGCGUCAGACUUGGAGUAGACUUGGACCGGAGACCAGGAUCCAGAUCCCCACUAAGCCAUGAAGCUGAUUGGAUGACCUUGAGCCAGUCAUUGUCACACAGCCUAAUCCACCUCACAGGGUUGCUGUGAAUAUAAAGGGUAGGAGGGAUAGUCAAGUAUGCCACUUUGAGCUGCUUUGAGGAAAGGUGUGAUAUAAAUGUAAUAAAUGUAUAAUAAUACAUAGCCUGAUAUUAGGACACACUGUAGUCGUUUAGUUCCAAGAGCAAGCAGAUCCUCUAAAAUGGGAACAGUGCAAAUUCAGUUAAUUGGAAAUGCCCAGUCCUAGGUAUGUAAACCAACAUGAUCGCAGAAGUCUGUUAACUAGUAGUUCUAGCCUGCUGUAUAUCUUGUGAAAUGGCCCUCUUGCCAGUUUUAUACAGGACUGGAUCCAAGACCUGUCUAAAGGUGUGGGUAUAGUUUCAGCAUUUGCAAAGCCCACCAGGAGGAGAAAAAUAAUAACGGAACAAAGAGCUUUAGAAGGGAGGGUAGGAGAACUUUGAGAAGUAUUCAGUAUCACUCUUCAGAAGUGUCGUCUCUUAAUUUGGGGGCGAGGUGUAUGUGGAAUGUCAAAGAACAAUGAUUACCUUUCAUGAAUGAAGCAUUGGUUGGAUUUAUUCCGGUCAAGUAUUUUGAAAAGGAACAGCGCACCUAGUGAACUUACACUAUCACAUGCUAUGUGACCUUUACAAUUACUUGUGUAGCGUUAACGCGGAAAGGCUGUCUUGUUUGUUUCCGGGUUCCUGUGACGUGCAGCUCCUCCUCUGGAAACUGAAAAUUUACCGUGGAAAUGUUUUUUUUUAUUUCCACAGACCAUUACAAAAAUGUCUCCAACGUCUUUAAAGAUGACCUUGAGGCAGCUUAGAGAAGGAGUUUCCCUGAGCUUGCAGGAUGUGUUCACCAUGGAGUACAGGCUGAGCCAAGCUUGCAUGGUAAGGCAGCUUACAGGCGGUGUCAUGCGUUCAUAACUCAGGUAAAUAGGGUCAAGCACCUAGCUUCCUGGUUCAGAAGGGUGAUUCCAGCUUAUCUUGGUGAUCAGGGUUUGAGUAAUAGCCAACCCUUAGUCAUACUUAGAGUAAACUCAUUGAAAUCAAUGGCCUUAAGUCCGUGGAUUUCAGUGAGUCUCCUCCGAGUAUGACUAACAUGUACAGUGGUACCUCGGGUUACAUACGCUUCAGGUUACAUAAGCUUCAGGUUACAGACUCCGCUAACCCAGAAAUAGUACCUCGGGUUAAGAACUUUGCUUCAGGAUGAGAACAGAAAUCACGCAGUGUCAGCGGGAGGCCCCAUUAGCUAAAGUGGUGCUUCAGGUUACGAACAGUUUCUGGUUAAGAAUGGACCUCCGGAACGAAUUAAGUACUUAACCCGAGGUACCACUGUAUAAUCUUCUGACAAACUGCAUAAUGCCAAAUGGUGUCUGUGCCACUUCAGUCCAUUGCUUUGUUUCCAGGGAAGGAUGUGUAUUCCAGAUUUAUUCCGCUUUCAUGGCACAGAAUGGUUAGAGGAUUUUUUUAAAAAAUUGCUGAAAAUCAGACGACUUAUCUAUAGAACAUUCUUCGAGAAAAUGGGGGAAAGAGACUUGGGAAUGUAGACGGUGGUACAUUUCUCCCUCUGCCCCUUCUCCAAAGGAGAUGUCAGCAUUUGAGCAGGAGAAGAUCCAGAAAGAAUUCGGUAGUGGUGAUAUUAUUAUUAUUAUUAAUUUUAUUUAUACCCCAGACACUCUGGACGGCUUCCAACAAAAUAUUAAAAUACAGUGGUCUGUUAAGCAUUAAAAGCUUCCCUAAACAGGGCUGCCUUCAGAUGUCUUCUAAAAGUCUGGUAGUUGUUCUUCUCUUUGACAUCUGGUGGGAGGGCGUUCCACAGGGCGGGUGCCACUACCAAGAAGGCCCUCUGCCUGGUUCCCUGUAACUUGGCUUCUCGCAGUGAGGGAACCACCAGAAGGCCCUUGGCGCAGGACCUGAGUGUCUGGGCAGAAUGAUGGGGGUGGAGACGCUCCUUCACUAGUUAGUUACCAAGGGCAUGUUUGGGGUAUAGGAAACGUUUAUUAAAAUAAGCUUUGAUGCUGCAGAUAUUUAUAUUUAAUGUUAAAGAAGUGGUGAGACUUACAUUCUGUUUGGAUUACUGUAAUGCACUGUUUGUGGAAAGUGUUGGAAACUGCAGUGAGCCCCAAAUGCUGCAGCCAGAUUGCUGACCAGUAGUUACACUGUUAGUUACAAUAGCUUCACUUGCUAUUGUCCAUUUCCCAGCAAAAUUCAAAGUGCUGGUUAUGACCUAUGAAGCUCUCUUAAUCCCAUCGCCUUUCACAGACAUGUUUGGUGAGGACACGAGAGAGGGCCUUCUCAGUGAGUGCUCCCAGAUUGUGGAACUUCCUUCCACAUAAGCCCAGGCUCUCCUCCUCUCUGCUUUUCUUUUUGCUGGCAAGCAAAGACUUUUUUGUUCAGUCAGACCUUGGGUUCUGUGAGCUGCUUUGGGCCCUGCACUGGGAGAAAGGUGGGAUAUAAUUUAAAUAAAUGAACACCAUGCUGAAAUUUGGCUUACACGUGCUAUCUAGACUACAUUUAAUUUGAAUUUUAAUUGCAAUGGGAGCAAAAUAUAGGACUUUAUAUCUCAAAGUGUUCUAGGGAAUUACUGUAUUAUGAGGUUUUUUUUUCUUCCAGCGAGGCCAUGACUUCUAUGAAGGCGUCCGAGCAGGUAAAGUGAAGGCUAGAGAGGCCAUUUCAACUUCCUAGCUUUCGUCCCCCACACUUCUUUUUUUGCUUUUGUAUUGUUGGUAUACAAGUAGUAGCCCAUUUGACAUUGACUUCUUGUGCUGCAAACCCUUUGUAGGAAGGUUUGCAAAAUGUUUGCAAAACUUAGAAAACCUGCUUCCUGACCCCUGCAAUCCCCAGGCCUGUUGGGUAUCUCUCUGAAUCCUUGCUUUGUGGGUAGCAGUUUGCCUUAUUAUAGUCUAUAUUUUGUGGUGAACUGCAGCCAUCAUACUCUCUCACUUAAAGUUCUCCUUUCAUCAUUAGCGACAGCUGUCACACAUAAUGUUUUGUGAGUUAAGCAUCCUGAAAGAUUAACCCAAGGCAUGCAGGCUUGGCGCAGAUAAUCUAGAACCCAGCAGCACGCAAGGCUGAUGGCAGUUAGUUGGGUUAGGUGCCCGGCUCCUAGUAAACUUGUCAGAAUGCCAGCACAACUCUCAAGACUGCAUCACAGACCAGUGAAAAGGGACUACUUGGAGGUCUUCAUUCCCGAUGGAACAUACACUGGGGAAAAACUAAAAAUGUAACAGUUAGCAGGACUCAAUAUUUGUAGCACCAAAAUUGCAUUUUGCUGUUCCUUAACUAUUAUAUUUCAAGACACCUAUGAGGGAGAAAGGGCACAGUGAAGCACUCUUGUUGCAUAGCCUCUUUGCUCAUGCAAGGCAGACGAGAAUGGGAAGCAGAAGCAGGCAGGCAACUGAAAUCUGAAUGCUAAUAUCAACCAGAGUGUUGACUUGGAUUGCUGUGUUUAGGAACAUCAGUCAAAUGCUUUUGGACCUUAUUUUAAAAAUGAGAUCGAACUGCUAGUGCAGUUCUUUCAGAAAUUGUACCAAUAUGAAGUCCCACAGCAAAUGCAGUAAGCCGUCUUGAGUCGCAAAUUUCUCUAGAAUAGUUGUGAAAUGUGAAUAUUCAGUGACCUUACCUACCUGACCUACGGUUUAAUUUUUUAAUGAUGCCAAUACUAAUGAUGUUAAAACAUUUAUUAAGUGCUCCAGGCAGAAUUGCUUACGCCAUUGUUUUACAUGGCCAGUCAUUCUAAGAAAUAAGCAGACGACCCAAUUAAUUUGUUUUAAUUAAUUCUUAACUCUUUCUGAAAUAAGCCUCCCUUAACUCUUCUCAGCCUCAGAUAUUCCCCCAAGAUGAAUUGUGGACAUAGGGCUAGAGAACGUGCCAGCACAGUAAAUGGGGGCCCUCCCCCACCCAAAAUAGGCUUGAAAGAAGCAUUGCUUGUGGUGUACGGGGUGUUUAUAAGUUUCUGUGCUUUGCAAACAUACAUUGAUGAUGAGAUUGCCUAACACAAAUGAGGAAAUGGGACAUAGUUACAGGAUACACUGUACUUUGAAUUUUAUUUUAAUUUCCGUUUUGGGACGCGGGUGGCACUUUGGGUUAAACCACAGAGCCUAGGACUUGCCGAUCAGAAGGUCGGCGGUUCGAAUCCCUGUGACGGGGUGAGCUCCCGUUGUUUGGUCCCUGCUCCUGCCAACCUAGCAGUUCGAAAGCACGUCAAAGUGCAAGUAGAUAAAUAGGUACCGCUCCGGUGGGAAGGUAAACGGCAUUUCCGUGCACUGCUCUGGUUGGCCAGAAGUGGCUUCAUCAUGCUGGCCCCAUGACUCGGAAAAACUGUCUGCGGACAAACGCCGGCUCCCUCGGCCAAUAAAGCGAGAUGAGCGCCGCAACCCCAGAGUCGGUCAUGACUGGACCUAAUGGUCAGGGGUCCCCUUUACCUUAUUAUGUUAAAGCAUUAAUAAUGAAAGUGUUUCUAAUGCAGUUGCUCUACUUCUCAGGCUACUAGCAUGUAACUUACUGCAUUAGCCAUUAAAGGGGCGGUGGAAUGCAAGCAGUGACAAGAUGGAAGCUGGAGUCCUCAUUCAAAGCAGACAGAAAUACCAAUAACUGUGAUUCUUAUUGCUAAUGUGCCAGGUUAUUAAAACCAUCUAGGAGUCAGACAGAGGGCAGAACCAGAUUACUCGUCGUGCUGAUCUGCAUAGCCCCGUGAAGUGCUGACUGAGAAACAAACAUUCAGAGCAGCUGUAGAUAAUCCAUUUUCUAUUUGAAUAGCUUGGCUCUUUUUGACCUGAAGGUUGACUGCUACCAAACUAGGGUUAGAAGUGUCUGCUUUCACUCUCAAAUCGUCACUAGGUCAAUACAAUUUCUAACCUUAUUACACUGUCUCAUGAGAGGGAGAUUGGCUAGUAACACCCCUCCCCUCACAGUGAAGUUAUUGGCACUUGAUUUUAACGUACAUUGAUACAGCAAUGAGGAACCUUCAACCUGUGAGCCUAAUUCGGCCAGCCAGGCUUCCCCAUUUGGCCCGCAAGACUGUUUCGGCCAAUCCAUACUUACCUGCCCUGCACCUGAUGUUAUAUAUGGCAGAUGUGAGCAGGUAUAGAUGCGGCUCACUCAGCCAAAAGCACGGUUUGCAGGCACUGCUGAUCACUGGCACAUGAAAAGCCUUGUGCCUUUGCAGUUUGAUUUCAAAUUCUUCGCCAAAGGAAAACGGGUCACUUGACAUCAUUGUGAUAUCAGGCAAUUGGCAGGCAGGCAGGCAGUCUUAUAAUCUAAUAAUACAGCAGAGCCGGGAAGCCUUUGGGAUGGGAUUUGGAGAGCAGCAGCACCCGGAAGGUCACAUUUCCCCCAUUCUUUGGCAAGAGCAGUGCAGCCCCCUGUAAUGAGUGCUGUGCACUUUAAAGAGGGUUUGGUCUCCUACUUGGUGUUGGGUAGACAAGUCUUCCUUGCUAGCUAAGCAUAAUUAGCCUUCAGUGAAUGCGUUGUGACAUUUUACAUUUUGGGGGAAGCUUCUCCCUGCUUUUCCCAUGGCAGGUGUCAUAACUAAGAGGCUUCUGUAAGUCUUGUUUGACUUUUUUGAAACAUAAAUCAGCAAGGAUCCUUGGGCCCUUUGCACAGAUACAGACUUGAAAGACGAUUAAUGCCCACAAAGCAUAGCAAGUUUUUGAAAAGCAAACAUAAAAUGAUCAAAACAUGUGGCUAUUAGGAGUGAAAAGGGGAACCCAUUAUGAUCACUUGGUCUGACACUUGGUAUGGCAAAAGUUCAACGUUACAAUGCAUGCAUCACAGGCUGCUGGGUUUUUUUUGCUGACUGUUUCGUUCUCAGCCAUUCUAUUCUUGGAGAUAGGAGUUAAAGCAAUAUUUACUUCUCCAUUCUCUGUAGAGAAUGCCCAGACCACCUGUUACAUCCUGAUGUACUAUAACAGUUUGUUCUCGAUAUUCAUUGGCACAAGGAUAACACCUGUUUCAAAUAUUAAGAAAGGUAUCUUAAUGAGAACAUUAUUAUUUUUGUUUUCUCUGGUAGUGAUAAUUGACAAAGAUCAGUCUCCAAAGUGGAAGCCAGCCGUUUUGGAAGAAGUAACAGAUGAAUAUUUGGACUCAUGCUUUAAGUCUCUUGGAAGCGGUGAUCUCAAAUUAUAAAAUAUUUGGACUAAUGCUGUGCCUCUUUUAGUUCUAGCUUUUACUUAAAGCAACUAAUGAAUAAUUUUUAAUUUGGCAUAUUUGGGAUAACUGGCAUUGAGUGAAAUGCUCAUUGCUGUUACAUCAAGUACUGGGGUCAAAUAUUGGUCUAGAGGGAAUUGUUGGGGCAGUGCUAUCCAGGGGUUAGCCAGAUAUCCAUCAUAAGAGCUUUUAUCACCUGUGUGUUUGCAUUUUUACUUUUCCAUGUAAAAUGAAGAAGAUUAUUUCAUAUAAAGACUCAGGUAUCCUUGAAUCAACUAAAUGUUGUCUGCAUAUUGGGUUGUUUUUAAAAUAUAUGCCGUUCUUUAAAAUAUGUUUUAUAGGUGGCUUAUGAGAUAAAACAAGAAUUUAAAAUAAUCACAAUUACCUUUAUCAGAAUGUAUGGAAACUUAAUUAAUCCAGAUGGAUGAGCUGUUGAGCUGUGAUCAAAAAGACUUGAAGUGGACGAAAAGAGUGUUCUAACCAAGAUAUCUUAGCCACAGCUAACUAGUUUGUCCUGAUGAGUCAGGAGCUGAUUUGUCGUUGGACAGUACAUGUGAGAUUCAUGAAAACCUAUGACUGUAUUUUUGGAGGGCUAUUAGAUAUAUGACUUAAUUGAUUAUACCUGCUUGAAUAUUUACAUAAAAAUAAGAUCUGAUGGAAAACAUGUACUUCCUGUGUUUUUGUUGCUAGGUGUAUGGAGGCAAGUCUCCAACAGGUCUAUCAACACCAACCAAUCACCUCAUUGAAUGGCCUCUAAUGCUGACUUAAAGAUCUCCAUCUUGAAUUCUUUUUAGGCCAUCCUCUUGUUCAGCCACUUUAGGUCGAGGAUUGCUCAAAUCUCCCUCUUUGUUUUUAGCCAGGAAGAAUAAUAAGUACACCUUGUGCUUCCUGUCUCAUUGCGGCACUGGAUCCAUUGCCUGAAUAGCUAAAAGAUGGUUAGUGGCUGUGCUUGUCUGGCUCCCUGGACUAAUGAGUAUUGAUAAAUUUAUCUCUUGGCUGUCUGAAAAAUCCAGCGAGUAGUCAGAGGAAAUGGCAUCAAUCACUCACCUGUCAGAUGUGGAGAAGUCUGCCUCCCUGGCAUCAUGCAAACUCCUUUUCGGUUCCCUUCUGAAAUUUCAUGGGUGAGGAAUACCCCGAGUUGGACUGUGGCCAAGCAGAAGAGGCGGCUGUGGCUCGCUGUGUGUGGUUCCAGCAUUAUUUGUGGAUGCUUGAGGAAUGUUGCUCACUGUAUUGUGAUCACCCUUCAUAAAGCGCAGGAGUGCCUUCUGUUUGUCAUGUGUCUCCACUAGCAGCUCCUCAAAGACCUUCCACCUGCUGUGAGUUAGCAAGCUGGCUCUGUGGCAUUGAUGUCCCAGUUGCAAAGCCAGAUGUUACAUCUAGCAAAGAUGGUUGCUGCCAUAGCCCUGACACUGGACUGCACUGCAUCCCGCGCAGCGUCUGCUUGGAAAGUUGCAGCAAUGGAGAAUUUCUUCACUUUUUAAAAGGUAAGAAAACCCCAGCUGUCCCAAACAAAAGGCGUCGGUGAGAUGGUUCCACCCCCAUGUAGGAUCAGUCAUUUGGUCCCCGCCUGUGCAGCUGGUGGGAGGAGACAUCCCAGCCUCGUGACUGCCCACCAGGAUCCCUCGGGGAAAUCAUAAUUGAGUUUUACCACCUUACAUGAGAAUGGUAUGUCAUUUUCAGGUUUUGGACUAUACACAGCUAGUUCAGUUCUCAGGAACUUCCACUGAGUUCUGUAGAGGAAAAUAAGAGGCUAGAGAUAGAGUGAGCCCUGAGUUCCUGAGGGCUGGGGAAGCUGCAAUGUGCAUAUUUAAGUUUUGUGUGGACACAGACUUUUUCCUGUACUCUGUCUACACAUUCCCUGCUCUGCCGUGAUAUAAAUUUUGCUGGCAUUUAAAUAGUUCUUCUGUUUCUUGGGCUUCUGCAGAUGUAGCAAUGCCCUGCAACUAGAUUCUAUUGAUUUUAGUUACUGUGGUGGUUAGUUAAUGAACAUUUACAUGCCACAACUGGCUGUCGAUCUUCCUUCUAUAGGCUUUUUAUAGUAAGGCAGGUCAAGCCACUGUUCUGCUUGUUUCCAUGGUAAUAGAUGAUAAUGUCACAAUUUCAGAAUUUCUAUUUCUCUGAAGAAUCAAGAUAGCUAAAAAAUUGUUAGAAAAUGAGAAAGCUCGUUUGAAAAGAAACAUUUUUAGUAAUAGUUAAUGAGAAACUGGAUGGAAUAACAAAAAGGAAAUACAAAGCUGCAUUAUUCACCAGUAGCCCCUUAAGAAAUUUAGGAACUAUGAUUUCCCUAUUUCCAUAAAUUGGGAGCAAAUACACAUACAGAUCAAUCUACUGUUCUAUAACCAAGAUUUGAAGGGGGCAGGAUUUCUCAACUUGUGUCCUUCCAUCUCUACACGGCAUGUAAGUGGAAGGGCCACCCCCGCCUUGUUCUCUUCUUGAACCAUCUCCCAUCUUGGUUCUUGUUUAAGGCCUUCGGUACAGUACUGGACCAGGGACAUCAAUUGGCCUUAUAUCUUAAACAUCUAGUAUUUGGAUUCUGCCACACCACCAUUCUGUGCUAGAAAGCAAAAUUCCAUUGCUACACAAUGGCAGCUACCCAGGUUUUAAGUUCAAAUUUAAAGUUUUUCAACCAGAUUUCAGGCUCGAUAUUUGUAAUUAAGUUUUUGGAAAAUGCUGCAACGUAAUCACGGUAUAUUUCCACACUGAUGUGUCAUGCCUGUUCUUCCCUCAUGCACCCAUUCAAGCCGUUGUAUGUAUAUUUAAAGCCCUUAUUCAGUUUCCAAAUAAAUACACAAAAGUAUGAUUUUUUUUUUAUUCAAACACAGUUGAAAGUGAUUAAUCAUUUGGGUAGAAAGAAAACAUAACAUAUACUGUAAAAAAUAUAUUGUAAUAAGCUAUAGUUUAGGUUACCACUUCCUUGUGCUACAGAAGUACCAGAUUUACAAAGUUGUGCUGUAGAUAGUGCUUUAAAGCAUGGCUUUUGCCAUAUUUACUUGGUCAUUUUCCUGAUUUUAAAAGAAAAAAUAUGCUCAAAAUAAAGUGUAUUGUUAAUGUCCAUAUUACACAGUAUCAAACAGAAGCUAAAUCUUUUGUGAUACAUUGAUAGAACACUGGCAGUAAUAUGUCUUUUAUAAAGUAUAAUAGGGGUCGCAUUCAGUUUUAUUUUGGUUAGCGUCCACUUUAGUGAUAUUAAUUUACGUAGAAAUGAAAUAUUUUUAGAAAUAUUAACAACUUCAUCUGGUGUUGAAGAUCUGGAGAAGUCAAGCUCUUCCCCUGCUAUUACUCCGGGCUCUUAAGAUUGUAUCUUUGCAAUAUGCCUGCUACCAAAGAAAGGACUGCGGCAGGAGAAACAAUGCAACAUCUGGGACAGGCGGCUUCUCACACAUUGCUGCUAUUUCUACUACAAUAAGAUACACCAGAAGAAAUGACAGCACUGCUUGGAGAUCACCCUCCCCUCCACCCCCACCAUUUCAGUACUGAAAUUUUACCAAAUUGAAAUUUAGUGUUCGGAAAUGAUAUUGCAUGCCACGGUUAGUCCAAGAACAAGUAAAUGUUCAUUACAUUCAUAAUUAAAUUUCUUUUCACCAGCAAUUCAUAUUGCCACCAUAACUAAAGAGUGGGACUCCUAUGUUGCCUUGGACAUAACCUGCCUUUCAUUUGUCUUGUGCUAACUAGAACUUGCACAUCUGAAAAUAAUAUCGAGGACAUACCCCCAACAUUUUCAGCAAAACUGUUGAUCAUUUGACUAAAUCCUCAAAUAACUUACCUAGUUCUCUCCUCUUCCAGUUCUGCCUUUCAUUCUGUCUGCUGCAUUUCCCUUUUUCUCUCUCAAAUAGCGUUUUAAACUGGAAUAUUGUGGUCUCGACAAAGGGUAUUCAAAUUAAAAUGUGAUAUUUUUAAAGGUAUGCUGCCCUGCUGUUUACUUUGUUACCAACAAAAAAAUAGGCUGGAAUGCUUUUUCAACAUUACCCAGGAAUUUUCACUAUUUGUUGUCAGUGUAAUUUGCUUCUUAACCAUCAACAUUCAAUGUUAAUUCAUCUCCCUUACAGCAGCAAGUCUUUGGUCUGACAUACAAUUUGUGUACUCAACUGAACAAAGUUCCAAACAACUAGCCCCAGUACAUCAAAAUGAUCAGAUAUGUCUAGAAAAAGCAGCUCUGAUGGUGGUAUGAACCAUGAACAUGGUGGUAUAAGCACUUGUAUCCCUGGUAGAGUUAAACACUUAGCUAACUCUCCUAUAAAUGGGACUUAAAACUCUUUAACUUUGGCAACACUGUAUUCAGUGCUUACAUUUACAAUUUUCUCUUAGGUGGAGUUAGCAAUUCACAUGCCUACUUCACCAUCACAACUUUAUAACCUUAUUUCUUAAACCCUGGCUCAAUCUUAAUUCAACUAUACCCACUGUUCCAGAGAUUUCAGAAACACGAGCACUUAAUGCAUUUGUUCUUGUGCAUCUUUAGUGCUGCUGCCAAUACUGAACACAACUGAUUGGAGCACUGACUUACACACAAGUUGAUGAACCAUUUGAUACUACUGUGUGUGGUUCUGUUAAAAAAUGAAUAGUAAAGGCAAGGUGUUACAUUACCAGAAUCAAGGCUAGCUGCAUCUGUACAACCGGUGUCUUUCAAAAUCACAACUGCUCUUGUAUGAAUGUCGCUUUAUUUGCACUAGCACCAAAAACAAGAGACGCCUGACAAAGUGAGAGGAGCCAAGCCUUGCAAUUCAUGAAUCGUCACUUUCUAUGUAGGGGAUGUCACUAUAUUUGCUUUCAACCAUUGACCAUUGCUUCACAGCUUGAUCCAGAAUCUCUAGGGAGAGACGGUGAGCAAAGUCCAUCACUGCAGGGCUUGCUGAAGAUGACAUCCCAGACUUUGUCUGAAAUUGGGAAGAUUUAUCUACGUUACCUCCACUAUAUUCGCUGACUUCCCGGCUUCCAUCAUCUAGAAUAGUGUGUGGGAAGGGGCUUUUGGAUUUAAUACAGCCCAUGGUACAAUAACAGUAAAUGGAAGUUCAAUUUAGCUGCACGGUCAACCUUGAAGUACUGUCCUUCAGAGGGCUCGAGAAUGCCACUUUCUUGAAAGCAGAGAUGAGAAUAUGUCUCUCUCCCAAUAUCUGUGGAGAAAACGUUUUACAUGGUAGGGUUUAGAUAGGUUCUUGUUUUUGGGUUCUACUCUAAAAGCGGAUUUUUAAAAGACAGAUUUGCUAGACAGAGUUUAAGAAAAAUAUAGUUUGUUUUCUAUUUAGGCCUUGAAAGGUUUUAGGCAAAUGGCAACCACUUACAACAAAGGACUCUCUCCAAACACCCCCUCCCCAAUUUAGAACAUAAAUACUAAAAAGUUUAGUUUCGUAACUGUUACCCACACUAGCUAAAUGUUAUUUUCAAGUUUAACCUGAGUAGCUCAGUACACCUCAAAGGCUGGUCCUGGAUAUGAAUAUAGAAUUGUAUUCAGUGCUAGCCCUACUCAGAGUAGACCUACUGAAAUUAAUGCCCAUUAAUUUAAAUGGCUCUAUUCUUAGGAUGUGUUGGAUACCACCCAUGGGCAUAAUUUUAGCCUAACUGGGUUUAGACUGCUUUAGGAUACAAUUAAUGCUAAUGACAGUUUAGUGGUACCUGGAUAAACCUCCAUGGUUAAGAGUAGCAUCAGGCUCACAAACUCCUCCCCUGUCCUGUACAGCCAGAAGGACUUUUAAAAAAUGGGGCAGGGAACUUUGGCAGCCAGCCUGCAUCUUCAGAACCUCCGAAAUACAACACAGCAGGGUAACAACUUGCACAAGAACUUUGACAAAUGAAGCCACACAGUUGGAUGGAAAGAGCAGACAGACAAGUAUUGGAGAAACUAAUCACAAAAGAAAGACUCAACAUCUCAAACACUUUCAGAAACUUUAUGAAGCCACGUGAAAUUACUUUCGAGCACAACUUUUCUCAUUGGAGUGUGUUCAACAUUAAUGUGUGUGUUUGAAACGGCCAUAUGUGCUGCCACCUUACUGGUCCUUAAGCCCCUCUAACUUUUUAUCCUUGUAAAGCAAAAAAGAAUUUCAUUUAGCACACUGCCCAGCAGCUAAUUCCUCCCUCAGAAGACUUAAGAGGCAGGACAACCAACUAGGAGAUGACAACACUAGCACUUGCAAGUGCCAUUAGCAGCCACUAGCAUCCUGAAAAUACAGAAGGCUCAGCAAUGUCCAACACUACUACGCAGUUGGGAUUUUGCAAACCUCUGACAAUGCUAGACUAUUAAUGACCUCUUAUUAAAGGAGGGAUGAGGAACCUCUGGCUUGAAUUUGGCCUGGUAGGGCGGUCCUUAUUAUUAUUAUUGAUUGGCAUGGAAAACAGAGCUUGCUUUUGAUGCUGAAUUCAAUGCAUGCACUGCUGGGAUCAGAUCCUCUUGGGAAUGGAUCCCUGCCAAAUGGAACUUGCACUCAGCCAUAGAUUUAAAUUGCGUGCUGACUGCAAAACCUGCUUUUGGCAGUGAUCUUUGGAGCUCUGACUUGAAAUCAAAUUCAAGCCAGGGCUGCAAGUAAGAGUAGUGAGCACAAUCAGAUCCCCACCCCUGGUUUAAAGGAUUGUAUCUAACCAAGUUCUCCCAGGCCUUUGGCUAAUUAAAUAAUCUAUGGCCUUUUAAACUGGGGGGGGGGAGGGGUUUUUGUUUGUUACUACCGUAUGUUAGUUAUUUUUGCAUUUUUAAAUUGUGAACUGCCAUGUGAUCCUUGGAUGAAAGAUGGUAUAGAAAUUUAAUACGUUUGUGUUGCUAAUGAACUUGCAUAUGAAUUUUAAGAACUGGCUGCAGUUUCUGGCAAGAAAGGAAAGGUGUGAAAGCACCAAUUGUGGGUGAAACAGGCUUCUUCAUUCAUAGGUAUGUACUUUAUUAGGAUCAAUGCAUUUUGAAUUAGGAACUUUUUCAGGGGCACUAUGCAGUUAAAAUAACAAAAAAAUCCUCAACCAUUUAUAUUGCAUAGAGUUCCUGAAGAAGAUUCCUGUCUUAAAUGCAUUUGGCCUAAUAAAGUUACCAUCUGUGUACCUAAAGGUUUCCACUCAUCUCUUGCUUCCACUGUCUAGCACACACACCUGUUCCACAACUAUAGCCAGAAUUUUAAAAGCUAACAACUAGUAUUUUAAACACACAGUACAAUACUCAGACCAGAAAGCUCAACAGCAGGCUCUAACAGUUAACUAGAUACAAGCAGCUAUUGUCAUAUAUGUCCCAGAGAAUGAGAGCAGCAAAGUAGAGAUGAAGAAAAGAUGGACAUCCAGUAAAAGACAAUGAUCACCUUAACUUUGUCAGGUAAUUGUUAAUGAAAUAUCCCAGUUCAGAAGUAUUUCAUGGUAGGCGUUAAAGGAAUUUCUUGGACAGAAACUGCACCUGAAGAAAAACUGUCCUUUACGUAUUCAACACUACAGAGCACUGAAAGCUGUCUUAUGACAAGUCAGACCAUUUGUCCAUCUGAGUGGCAAUGGCUCUCUAGGGUCUCAGACAUGAGACAUUCCCAGCCAUGAUCCUCAGCAUACAAAGCAGAUGCUCUAAGGCAGGCGUGGCAAACUUAUGGCCCUCCAGAAACUACACUUGAACUAAAAUUCCGAAUAUCCUUGACACUGGUUAUGCUGUCUGGGGCUGAUGGGAAUUGUAGUCCAAAGCCACUCCCGACAUAAGGGGGGGUUGCGGGCUCACGCCCACCUACAUCCGUGUGGGGCUGGCUGUGGCCCCGCACGACUUGGGAAUCCUCGGGCUGCGUCAUUCCCUGCGCCAGCCAACCGGCUGGCGACAGGGGCAGGGCUAAGCAGGUCAUAUAAGGUCGGGGCAGCCCGGGAUCGCAGGAUUUCCCAAACUAGGGUCUCCAGCUGGUUUUGGACUACAAUCCCAACCACCCCUGACCUCUGGAUGAUGGAAGUUGUAGUUCCAAAAACAACUGUAGACCCAAGUUUGGGAAAUCCUGUACUAAAAUUUGGCUAAGAAGUAACUGAUUCCACAUGCAAGCUGUAGGAAAGUCUAUCACUGUCCUGAUUAUAUAUAUAGGGAGGGUAAUGUUUAAAAGCCCUUUACCAUGUGCAAAACUCCUAAUGCACGUACUGCUUGUGCACCAGUCUUGCUCUCAGGACCUAUAGUGUUGAUGGAUGCAUAGGUUUUUAAACAUGAAUGAAUCUUACAUAUAGUUUAUAAUAGAUACUUUUCUGUGGCAUAGAAAAAAUACAGUCUUAGCCUAUUUAAGUCCAGGUGCAUUUAACAGAUAACAAGGGAAUUUGCAGCACUAAGUUGUCAAUCAAACUUUCAGUCCAUGUUCAAUAUUUUCUGACAUGUCUUCAGCCUCCUAAAGCAGAGUGGCUAAUCAGUGCACCUUCUACUUACCAUACAGCAACUCCAGGAUUAGUCAAUUAACAUAAGCCAAUUUUAUGAUUUGGAAAAAAAAUGGCUUUUGUAACCAGUCUGAAAAAGCAUUUUAAUGACAGAAGUUCAGCAUUGUUUGAAAAUGAAUGCAGACAUUGGGUUGUUGGUAUUAGACAUCCAAUGUCUAACUAGUUGACAGGUCAAAGAAAAUGGUCUGCCUAGCAGUUCCUUAAUAUGUCUUAAAACAUUUCUUUCAACCCUACCUGGAAUACACAAAUGAAGAAAUAAUUCCCUUAUUCCUGUUAGUGAGGGGACUCUUUUCAUUCCACUAUUCAUUUUAUUCAUCUAGAAAACCACUGAAGAAUCCUACUCCCAAGUACUAACCUCCAAAGAGACUACUACUCAACUGCAUCUGUACUAUAUAAUAAAAAAGGUCAGACUUUGGGAUUUUGUACUAAGGCUCCGGUGUUCUGCAAAAACUCCAAAGUAUAUCAGAUAAAAAACUCCAAAGUAUAUCAGAUAAAAUCCCAUGAUUGAUAUUCUGCAAAUACACCACUUCUCCACAACUUGACUCAAAUUAUAAUGCUUCACACAAUGGCCUGAUACAGAUGUAAUCCACAAACACUGGUUUGCUGUUACAAGCUUCAAGAUUGCACAUGAAAGGAGGAUAUUUAAAGCUUUAACUCCUGGUGUACAUUGUUUACUUAAGACUUCUAAAAAGCUGUUGAGAAUAUCCCAUGCCAAAGACUCCUGGGUAGACUUAGCAGACAUGGGGUAAGGGAAGAGACCCUCUAAUGGAUCAUUAACAAGGAACAGAAAACAAAGUCCCCUGUGGAAGGAUAUAGAAAGUGGAGUCCCUCCAAGGAUUGCUAUUGGGAUCUAUGCUUUCUAACUUGUUCAUAUAUGAGCUAGAGUUCGAGGUGAGCAAUGAGUUAGCCAGGUUUGCUGAUGCCAAAUUGUUCAGGAUGGUUAAAGCAAAAAAAAAGACAGUAAGGAGCUCCAAGAGUAUCUGUCCAAACUGAGUAAAUGGACAGUAGAAUGGCACAUGUAAGUCAGUGAAAGCAAAUGUUAAGAGAUGCAUGUUUUUUGGAAGGGGGGGGGAAAUCUUAAUUUCACAUAUGAGCUAAUGGGGUCUUAACUGUCAGUGACUGGCCAGGAAUGAGACAUUGGCAUCAUAGUGGAUAGCUCAAUGAAGAUGUCAAUUCCGUAUGUGGCAACUGCAGACAAAGGUGAAUUCCACAUGCUGGAUCAUGCAGAAAGAGAUUGAGCAAUAAAUCUCCCAAUGUUAUAAUGCCACUACACAAACUAGGGUGCAAGCGCACUUGGAAUACUGUGUAUAGUACUAAUCACCUCACCUCAAAAAGAAAUUUGUAGAGCUGGGAAAAGUUCAGGAAAGGGCAAACGGAAUGAUCAAGGGGAAAAAGAAACUCGCCUAUGAUAAAAGGUUACAACAUUAGGGGUGUUUUAGUUUAGAAGUAGUGCAAGUAAAGGGGAACCUGAUAAAGGUGUACAGUGGUACCUUGGGUUACAUAUGCUUCAGGUUACAUACACUUCAGGUUACAGACUCUGCUAACCCAGAAAUAUUGCUUCAGGUUAAGAACUUUGCUUCAGGAUGAGAACAGAAAUCAUGCGGCAGCAGCAGGAGGCCCAUUAGCUAAAGUGGUGCUUCAGGUUAAGAACACUUUCAAGUUAAGUACGAACCUCCGGAACGAAUUAAGUACUUAACCCGAGGUACCACUGUACAAGGUUGUACAGAGUGUGGAGAAAGUGGACAGAGGGAGGUACUGGAUGAUUCAGGACAGACAAAACAAAGCACUUUUCCCCCACCCUGCAUAGUUGAACAACGGAAUUUGGUCCCACAAGAGGUAGUGAUGAUGGCCACCAACUUGAAUGCCUUUAGGAGGACUGGAGAAGUUCAUGGAGGAGAAGAGUAUUAAUGGUUGCUAGACACAAAGGCUGUGUACUGCUCCCACUGAUGGAGGCAAUACAAAUAAUAGUUGCUGGGAAAUGCAGAUGAGGUUCUGCCUGCAGGGUUCCCAUGGGCAUUUGUUUGGCCACUGUGAGAACUGGAUGCUGGACUAGGUCCUUCUUUUUGAGGACUUUGAAGGAGGAGGGGAACCCAAACUGAUGAGAUAUACAGAAACUACUGAGGAGAGGGCAAUAGGCAUUCAAGAGCAGGCUACAAUUGUGGAAGUAUGGCCAAUAAUUCCUUAGCUUUAGGUUAGCAGAACUACAUCAUCACAAAUUUCAGUUACAUCUACUGAAUAAAUCCUAUGGAUUCGAAAGGACUUGCUCCCAGGUAAGUGUUUGUAUAGGAUUGCAGAUAAAAUCUUUCACUAAUUCCAUGGGGUUAAUCUUGAAUUUGGCUCAUGUUUUGAGCAACGGUUGUCUCACAUUUCCACAUUCUUUCUAUACAACUAUGUGACUGGAAGCAACAUGCAGUCUAAAAUGACAAAAGCCAAGAAUCUGAACAUUCUGCUCAGACUGCUAUGUUCUACAUUCUGUGCCAUACAGUUUUUCUACCCCUGCUUAUUUCACUUCAUUAAAUUAAGCAUACUGAAGCCUAAUUGACCAGCUGGGCAUGAAACAUUUCUCUCAUUAUGAUUUACAGCUCCUAAACAAGGCCUUGUCUUUGCCAGAAUACUCUGUCCUAAGACUACAGUUAGAUGUGCCAAAUACCUCUUUUGAAAAGGAAAAAUCUAGCUACAACCUUUUCCUUACGCGUUUAUGGAGGCCACUUACCAAUUAGUAUCUUGCUUUGAAUGUAUUUCUCCAAAUGAUCCACAGAAUAAGAGGCACAACUCGCAGUCUAGGUUCCUGUGUAACAAAUAGAGAAUUUGUUCUUGUUAAAACUAAGCAGCCUCAAAUGAACAAAGCUGCCCUACCACAACUCCUUACCUCUUUGCCUUAACAGUUCUGACAGGUCAACUCUAUUCAUAUUUAUUCAAAUGCAAGUCCCACCAAGUUAAAUGGGAUUUACUUCUUGGAAUGUAUGUUUGUGAUUGCAGUUUUAAUUUGGCAAGCAUUUUAACCAGAAAUGUGUUUUGCUUUUAAAGUACAGUCCAGUCCAGAAGAGCCAAAGCACAUCAGUGUAUUAAUUACUAAGACUUUGAUUCUAUCUCACCAUGCUUGCACCUUAUAGUAUAAUUGUACUAUUGCAUUUUAGAAAAUAACACCACUGUUAUCUUU